CUGGCUGGAUUGCUCGGCGAUCGACUAUAGAUGCCUGCCUCAUUCUCAAGUUUUCAGGCUAUGGUAACAAAGAGUGGGUAUAGUAGUGAGCUGUGAAUUGUGAGCCAGUCGUGUCCUGCAUCCAGGUGAGUUGCUUUGCACGAUGGUGUUCCCCAGAUCACCCCCCUGCACCUCUGCCCCCAUGUUCUGUUUAUUCCCAGGCUCAGUUCCAGCACAAUGUUCUUAUUUCCUGCAGCAUGCUCCAGUGAAGGGGGAGGGUAAAUCUUUGGUUUAUUUAUUAAAAUUCCCUAUAAUUAGGUUUCUGGACAUUAUUUUAUACUUUUCUCUGAACAUUUGUGCACUUUAAGUGUUUAGUCUAAAUUGGGAAGUGAAUUAAAAUCUGGGUCUGCUUUUAGGUUUAACCACUUUGCUUAAAUGAGCAUGGUUAGGCAAUCUAAUAUUUAGCAAAAAGUGUUUUUGUAUUGUUUAUGUGUCUGAUUUUAUCAUGUUUCUGUGCAUGGCUGUUGCAGUUUUCAAGUUUGUGUUGGUUGUUAGGCAAGUUUUUAUUUUUAAUUUAAAAAAAAAAAAAAAUCUUUUUGCAAAGUAAAACCAUGCUUGUGUUCCAUUAUGUUGGGUAUUUUGAUAGUCAAAAAACAAAACUGCAAACAACUUUUAGAAAAAAAAAAAAAGUACCUAAUGUUCCUUAUUUGAUGGGUAUUUUUGCAAGAUGCAUUUGUGGGAUAUUUCACUUUUUGUGCUGUUUGCAAAUGAUUUACUGAAACUGUUGUGUACCAUUUCUUAAUUCUGUAGGUGAGAGAGUUUUAUUAUAGCCAAAUUGCAUGCCUGAUAUAUUUUAACCCUCUGAGGUCCAGAUGCACUCCAGUUGUUGCUCUUAAUAUUCUAGUCAUUCAUUCAUCUGUACUUCCACCCUUGAAAAAAAUUUGACUUUCAAUUCUUCUGAAAUGUAAACUUUUUAGUGCCCAUGCUUGCUUGUUCUCUGUAUACUUUGUACAUAGGAGGAAAUGUGUUGCAUCAUUGUAACUUGCACAUAAAUAUAAAAACCAAACCCCCAGUUUAGAGUUGGCUCUUUUGAUCAGGGCCCACUUAAUUUUUGUAUUUUUAUUUGUCAUAGUUUUUCAUGUGCUUGUACAACGCUAUGUGAAAUGUAGGCGCUAUAUCCAUUAUUAUAAUAGUACUGAUUGGAGAGUGAUAGUGAGUGCUUGGAGCAUGCAUUCUGAGAAGUCACAUAAACUGUUAACCCAAACAUGGUCACAGAGGAACAAGAAGUGUGGCAGUCAAAGGGUUAAGUUGGGGGCAGGGCACCCAUUUGUUCUGUGCAGCCUGGUUCCUGGGUCAGACUGUCUCUCUUGGGACCACAUGCAGCUCAGUGGGAUAGUUAUUCUGAAAAGACCCAAGUGUCAGCUGUAUGCUAAUGAGGCAGAGAGCAUUGUCUGUUCCUUAAUGGGAGGGAACAUUCCACUGGUCUGCUGGAGCAGUCCUACUCUUAGCACUGCUGCACUGUGAUAGUAAUGGCUGUGGGGGGGUGGAGUACUGAACAUCUGCUAGCAUGGGGAGUGUGCACAACAGCUUACCACGCUGCACAAGCCACCAGUGGACAGCUGUAUGAUGGCAUAUGCAAAUCUGCACCUGAAAUAGGCCUUUCUGCAUCAGAAAAGCCUGCCUGCCAAAUGUGAAACAAUCAGCCAUAGGGGGGGUGGGUGUGUGUGUAUUUUUUUUUACAUUUUGUUUAAAAAUAAAUUAAUAAUAAAAAAAAAUAUAAAUAUAUAUAUAUAUGUGUGUGUUUGUGGUCGGGGACAAAAGCUGUAAUAAUGCAAUAAGUUGGAGGUGGAGUGCUGCAACAAACGUUCAGGUAGACCUUUAAAUAAUAGACAGCCCACCAAGGUAGUGGGAUGAAUUGAGCGAAGGGUAAGGGGGUUGAUUGCGUAUAAAUAGCCAGGUAACCCCUCCCACAAAUCCAGGCCACUGUGUGUGUGUAUGUAUGUAUAUGUGUGUGUGUGUGUGUAUAUAUAUAUAUAUAUAUAUAUAUUUAUUUAUUUAUUUAAAAAUCUGAAAGAAUACUCAGAAAUUUCCAAGGUGAUGGCUUCACGUUUAGCCCUUUGUCCCUAAAGUGUUCUUUAUACAUAAGGCCCAACGUCUUGCAUGCCUUUCCUAUUGAGGAGGCACACAAUGGUUUGAAGUCACAAUACGCCCCGUUCUUCUGUUACAGGUGGUUAGCUGUAGGUGUGAAUCUGGAUAAAUCUGUGCAGUUCCUGUUUGAGGAAGUUUAAGGAGCCGAUACCCCCAGUGUUUGUUAAUGUUAAAAACCAGGGCUGUCAAACCUUGUGAUUAGUGAAUUAAUAAAAACCUAAAGGCAUUUAUUCAUUAAACAGGGAUUUGUGGACCUGUUUUAAAUAGUUAUUGCACAUUUAUGGCCGAAAUGGCUGAGUUGUAUGUUUCUUUGAAAAUAUUUACAGAGUUAGAAAUCUGAUUGAAUCAUUGUUCUCAUUGUCCCAAUUUGUUAGUUAAUAAGCAAUACAAAUGCUAUUUUGUUUAAAUAGAAUACAGAUUUGCAUUCCACACGUGGGAAGAACCAGAUUGUGGUAAAUUGCAUGUAACUCUAUCCACAAUUAUAAACGAGGCACGUGAAAAGUUACUGUUUGCAUUAUUGACUAGUGGAAAUUGCUGGGAAACCCUACGGAAUCUGCGUAGGCCAAAAUAGUCAGAUUGGGAAAAAUUCAUAAGUCAGCACUGUUUUCAGUUAGGCUAUUUUUUGCAUUACAAUUAUUAUUAUUUUUUUUCAUUUUGCAGUAACCCUUUCUGUGUAAGAGCUGUGGCGGCUUAUAUUGUGUUCUUUCUUCUUUAUAUACAUUAUUUCUUAAUAAUAUUUCACUAAAUUCCCCCCCCCACCGACCAAAAAAAGAAAAGAACUGCAGUAUGAAUGUCACAGGAAUCUUGUUGUUUAACUUUCAAAGAUUUAAUAUAUUUUACGAGCUAUAGCAGACUUAAAGGGACACUAUAGUCACCUGAACAACUUCAGCUUAAUAAGGUUGUUCAGGUGAGAACUAUAGCUCCCUGCAGCCUUUCUCAUGUAAACACUGUAUUUUCUGAGAAAAUACAGUGUUUACAUUGAAAGCUAGGAACACCUCCAGUUGCAGUCACUCAGAGUGAACCAGAGGGACUUCGGAGUUGAUGGAGGCAUAAUAUGCCUCCAUCCACUCAGAUCUGCUGUCAGCAGAGCACAGGGCAGCACUGUGCACAGUAUCCUGUGAUUCAGUAUCUCCUCCCUCUGCAUGCAGACACUGAAUUGUUCUCAUAGAGAUUCAUUGAUUCAAUUCAUCUGUAUGAGGACAGGGCUGUGUUUGAAUCAUGCUGGCUCUGCCCCUGAUCUGCCUCCUUGUCAGUCUCAGCCAAUCCUGUCGGGAAGCAUUGUGAUUGGAUCAGGCUACCACUUCUGAUGAUGUCAGCAGACAGCUUGUUUUUCUGAGUCUAACAGCAUGCAGAUUUACAGCUUCAUGCUUGAAUACAGUAAGAUUUUUACUAUAUUUAUGGAGGCAUGAGGGGCCCAGGGGAGCUAGAUGGUGGUUUUAACACUAUAGGGUCAGGAAUACAUGUUUGUGUUACUAACCCUAUAGUGAUCCUUUAACAAAAUUAUUGAAAUUCCAGCAUAAUCAAACAGUAUGCGGAAGACCAAAUAUUGGUUUUGUAUUCCUUGGAAAAUGGCUGAUGGGAAAAGGCGUCUAUCCGUGCAGUGUGAUGUCUGUAUUGCAUACAUGAACUGAUCGGUGGAACCCAGUUGGAUCUUUCAUUGAAACCCAAUUUGCACAGUUGGGCAAACAUGACUCUGCUCUUGCAGAAACUUCUGUUGGACUGUAACAGUAAAAUAUGUUGGCAUGGAAAAUGGCGGUUUUCAGGAGAAAAUCUCUUCUCUCUCCAUAGCUGACAUGCCAUCAGGAAGAAACACAGGUCUGCUUUCAUGGAGCUUAUUCACCAAAGAAUGAAUUUAAAAACCCAGUUUUUUUUUUUUUUUAAACCCCAAAUUUAGAUCCCAGACAGUGAGAAAAUUCGGUUUGGCCGAAUUUUGGCCAUAUGUCUAUUUGGCUUGGUGGAAUUUCUGUACUGAAACAUAGUUUGGAAAUUAAUCAUGAAAAUGGCCCAAUCUGUGUACUGUAAAAUAUAUACAUAUUCUAAUAAAAUACACAUUUAGUGACUGCCUCCUUGAUAUAAUUUUUUGGUUUUUUUUCCCAUCUAUCAUUUUGUUUUCAAAUGUUUUUCAUUAGUUUUUUCCUCUCCAUUGGUGGAGCUCAUUAAUGAAACCAAAUAUGUUCUGCAAUUGCAUGACCUGUUUGGUUCAUGAUUUGGGUUUAUUUAGUCUGAGUUCACGAAUUCAACCAUUUAGCCCAAAUUCAGAAACUAAUCUCAAACUACUGAGUUGGAUACAUUCUCCUAUUCAACUAUUUACAAUUUGAAUCUUAUUAGCAUUGUUUUUGCAAUUUGAUUGUCAAUUCACUGUUUAUUCAAUAAACCUUGAUGCCUCUAAACUCUGUGAGAAAAGAUGUACCUCCUGAUUUGCCAGACCCGCUACAUAUUGCAUUUUGUGGAUCCAUCAAACCAUGUGUGUGGUUUUAAUAUAGAAUAUAUAUAUAUAUAUAUAUAUAUAUAUUAUUAUAUUUUAUUUUUUUUAUUUUUUUAUGCGUUUGGCUUUGGAAUGCUUUAAAAUAAAAUAUUGGGUCAUUAAGCUAUUUGGCAAGUUCAAAUAAACUGCAUAGUAGAUUGUUGGAUUGCCAAGUUGUUUCAUUCAUCUCUUUGCUACAAAUCAUAUCUCCAGCUAAACAGAGUUUUAUAGGAUAACCAGAGCUCCCUUUGAGAGCAAUGCCAAUAACUUCCUGGUCCCUUAUCUAUGCUAAACUUGCAGCUAUGUGGCCCUCUACUGUGAAAUUUAUAAGGGAAGCAUGGCUUUGGUGUCUUACUUCUCGUAAGACUCAAGAAAAUUCAGUUUAAGUGCAUCAUUAGAUGUCAUUGAGGCUGUGUAUACUGGGGGCAUUCAGCCCAUGGAAGAAAAUGUCAAUGGUGCUCUGUGUGUGGGCUAGCCAGUGCAGCGGUGAGCCAGCCUGAUGCCCCCUUUUCUGAGCAGACCUGCUCCAACUGCACCAAAAGUAAUACAAAUUGUUUCCCACGAGCCACCAUCGCGGAUCUCAAAAUAUCUCCUCCCAAUGUUGGGAAGUGUGCGAACAAACUGGAGAUGUAAAGCCAUGGCUUUCAAUAUAAGUGUUUAGGAUUUUUGCAAGAAAGGUGAAGGGUAUUUCUGGAUCUAAGAGUUAGCAGGUUCAAUGAUACGGUAGUGCAGUAACACUAGAUCAGAGUUAUAGGAUUUAAUCACUAAACAACAAAUUGUGGUGAAUUCUAAACUGAAUUGCAUAUUUAGGCCCAUAUUCAAUUAUUUUAUUUAUAUAGCGCCAUCCGAUUCCGUAGCGCUGUACAAUGGUAUAAAUAAAACAAGCACAAAAUCUGAGUUGAAGCUGCUAUACUUUUUUGCCUAACAUUUUAAUUUUACAAUUCACAAAAAUUCUGUGUUUAGUGAAUAAACCCCAAUGAGCUAUAUAGAUUAAUUAUUAUUAUUAUUUUUUUUUUUUUUGAUGAAACCAAUGAAUCCAUUACAAUAAAACUGACAUUAACAUUUGAAACAUAUACAACCUAAGAGGGAUUGUGGUAAGGAAGCUGUUUAAAUGGCAUUCUCUGAGAAGUCUAAAAUAUACAUCACAAUUCUUCUGUCAAACAUGCAGAACAGAACAUUGUAAACCAUUGCUAAUAACUUGAUUGAUAUAAACUAAUACAUUGGAGAACUCUUUUUCUAAAGUGUUCUUCUGUAUUUAGUAUAUACAGCAGACAAACCCAUACAGUGUAUGCUCCUUCUAAAUCCUAGCCAAUUGUAUGUCUGACCAAUGCCACAGCUGUUUUCUUGUGGUUCAUUAUCGCCCUCUAGAGGGUGUUUGUGUUUAUGUUGGUAUAGUUUAACCUUAAGGACCAAACUUCAGGAAUAAAAGGGACAUGUCAUGUGUCCUUAAAGGGUUAAAGGAACAACAUAGUGUUAGGAAGACAAACUUUUUUCCUUGCACUAUAGUGCUAGAGUAGCAGUUUAGGUGUUUGGCCCCCUCAAUGUCAAGUUAGAAGGUUUUUAAACUUAACUUUCCUCCAUUUUCAUGCUGGUCUUGUGCGGCUGGCUCCUCCUCCAUAGCUGAGAUCAUCAAUCCUGGUGAUCUCAGCCAAUCAACCCAAUGCUUUCCCAUGGGUAAGCAUUGGGAGGCUAUUGCGCAUGAGUGUGAAAACGACUUGCUGUGCCAAUCAGUAGAGAUGUAUUGAAUCAAGAGGUGGUUUUUAUUUAUUUAUUUUUUUGGGGAAAAAGAAGCAUUUAUAUUAAAAAGCCUGCAGGGACAGACUUUAGACGCCAGCAUUCUGGUGACUAUAGUGUCCCUUUAACUCCUUUUAAAUGUUCUCGCUACCAUUGAAAGUUACAUGAUGGAGGGAAAAAAAAGACAAUUUCAGUAAAACAAUUUGUAUACAUUUAUUAUAUUUUCCAUAAACUGUUCCCUCCUAGGGUGAUGCUAGCUUCAAGAACACCUCUGGCGUGAUACCAAUGAAAAACCCAAUAACCCUUACUAUCCAUUUGUGUUGCUAUUAGCCAAUAAUGGUUUAUGAUGGAAUUUUUAUUAAAUAAUUUCCUUUAAGGAUAUGAGUGUCUGUGGCACAUGUUUGUUCUACCUUUCUUCUAGUGAGCUAUGCUAACAAUAGAAUUCCACUGCAUUUACAGCAAAUGCAGUUAGGGACUUUCCUAAGACACCGUGCCUCACUGAUGGCUACUUUUAAGACUGUAUCUCGCUGUUGACAAAAUGUGCCUUAUCAAUUACCUUGACAUUACCUGUGAAUAUUUUGUAGGACAUUUGGAUUUGCAUUAAAUCUGUUGGUAAUAUAUACUCUUAAAAGAACGGUAAAUUCAUAAACCUUUUUCCAUGUUUGCAUUAAGGGAUGCUCUAAACACCAAAGCCAUAUUAACUUAAUUAAAGGGACACUAUAGUGACCAGAACAACUACAGCUUAUUGCAUUUGUUCUGGUGAGUAGAAUCAUUACCUUCAGGCUUUUUGCUGUAAGCACUGUCUUUUCAGAGAAAAUGCAGUGUUUACAUUACAGCCUAGUGAUAAUUUCACUGACCACUCUUCAGAUGGCUGUUGGAGAUCCUUCCUGGGUCAUGGCUGCCUAAAAUUCAUCCAAACAUUCAGUGUUUCCUCCCUCUGCAUGCAGACACUGAACUUUCCUCAUAGAGAUUAAUUGAUUCAAUUCAUCUCUAUGAGGAGAUGCUGAUUGGCCAGGGCUGUGUUUAAAUUGUGCUGGCUCUGCCCUUGAUCUGCCUCUUUGUCAGUCGCCACCAAUCCUAUGGAGAAGCACUGUGAUUGAAUCAGGCCACCACUUCUGAUGAUGUCAGAAGACAGCUUGCUAUUCUGAGGCAAACAGCAUGCAGAGCUACAGCUUCAGGCUUGAAUACAAGUAAGAUUUUGCUAUAUUUAGGGAGGCAUGAGAGGUCCAGGGGGGCUAGAUGGUGGUUUUAACACUAUAGGAUCAGGAAUACAUGUUUUUGUUACUAACCCUAUAGUGAUCCUUUAAGUGUUUUUUUUUUUGUUCUAUAGAUCACACCCUUGCAGUCUCGCUGCUCAAGCCUGUGCCAUCUAGGAGUUGCAUCACUUUUUGUUUCUGAAAAGAGAGCCCUAGACACACCUCACAUGGCUGUGACUCACAGACUCCAAGAAAAAAUGGUUUCAUUAUCAAUCAGAUCUUACAGCACAUUGAGUUUACUUUAAAAUGUUAAUAGCAUGCAGGCUCUAGCAGGCAAUUAACAGAGUAGGAGACAACAUGAGAAGUUAACAAAUUUAGACCCUUUUUCAAGACGCGUAAGGAGGCAGUGUGAGUCACAGCCAGGGGAGGUGUGGCCAAGGCUGCGUAAACAAGGUGAUUUAACACCUUAAAGGACCACUAUAGUGCCAGGAAAACAUACUCGUUUUCCUGGCACUAUAGUGCCCUGAGGGUGCCCCCACCCUCAGGGUCCCCCUCCCGCCGGGCUCUGGGGAGAGGAAGGGGUUAAACACUUGCCUUUCUCCAGCGCCAGGCGGGGAGCUCUCCUCCUCCUCUCCUCCCUUUCGGCUGAAUGCACAGUGAGAAUCACGCAAGCGCCUCUAGCGGCUGUCAGUGAGACAGCCACUAGAGGAGUUGGAGGCUGGAUUAACCCUAACAUAAACAUAGCAGUUUCUCUGAAACUGCUAGGUUUAUUUAAAAAAGGGUUAAUCCUAGAGGGACCUGGCACCCAGACCACUUCAUUAAGCUGAAGUGGUCUGGGUGCCUAGAGUGGUCCUUUAGUAGCAUAUAAUUGAGCAGUGAAACAACAGUAUGUGUAUGUGUAUAUAUAUAUAUAUAUAUAUAUAUAUAUAUAUAUAUAUAUAUAUAUAUAUAUAUAUAUAUAUAUAUAUAUAUAUAUAUAUAUAUACAUACAUACAUACAUACAUACAUACAUACAUACAUACAUACAUACAUACACACCCCAAAACUUCUGGUUGUUUUGGUGCUUCAAACAAAAGAUAGUGGACUUUACAGUGCUACAGGGCGUUUUACAAUAAACCCAUAGCGUAUAUGGCUAGAAUUGUGUGUCUACAUAGGACUAGUGUGCUUUGAUAGCUUUCUGAAUACAUGAUACAUGUACACUGUUGACUGAAGGCUGAUUAAGGAGCAGGGUGAGUCAAGGAGCAAUCUAUGCAAAAUUCUGCUCUAUACUCAAAUACCUGGGUAGUGAAGCAAUGAAAUGCAAUUAUUCGCUGCUUUCCGUGACAGAAUUGUUUUUCCUGGAAGGAUCAUGUUUAUUAAUGGGAGAACCAGUAAAACAAUCUCAUGUGUGGGUGUAAUCUAUUACCUUGUAUUAGUGUGACUCAUUAGUCAUUAUGAACCCCCAGACUUGAGCCAAUUUAUUUUUGUGUGUGUGUUUUGCUACAUGUAUAAUUUAUAUUUGUCUCAAGGAAUUAAAAAAAUGUAUCUAUUUUUAUUAGACUAGCUGUCAUUAAAGAAAAAUGUAAUCUCUUAAUAUAAUCUGUUAUAAUGUAACAUGCCCUAUUGUGUUUUUUUUUUUUUUUUUAAUUCAAGUUUAUUGACUUUGUAAAAAAAAUUUUUUUUUUCCAUUUCUGACUUGCAUCUUGGUUCAGACUGCAAAAUAUGGAGUAUUGGCUGGAAUAACUGACAAUUAUCCAUUGCAAUGCACUGUAGUACUCUGCAGUGACUAUGGUGAUCUGGCUCCCCCUCACUGUAAGUAGUCAAUCUGUUUUAGAAUGGUUUGAUGUCUUACCUGUGGUCUGGUGGGUGUUGCUCCAUGGCUCCUCAACUAUCAAUGAUAAGACCGAAAUUGCUAAGUAAGGCUAACUCAUUGGCUUAGAGCAUCAGCUGCACUGUCGGGCGAAUCUCAGAGGGCUGCAACUCUGUCUGAAGUAGUAAAGGUGGGGAAUGGCUCUGGGUAGAUGGGGGGUGGGGUACCAUAGUGGUUAUGGCAGUACAAGCAGUUGUGUUCCUUUAAAGCAUGGUAUAUUAUAACCUAAAGAUUAUAGUAAGAUUUUUUUUAUUUUUAAAUGAGUUAUUAUGUAAGAGAUAUUCCAUGCAAUAUGUAAUAACUGAAAGUAAACAGUUACUAAAUUAAUUGUCUUUCUGGAAUCAAUCUCUCUCAAAUCAAAGGUAGGGCUGCCACUUUUGGCUUAGGAACAAGUUUAUUGGCAUUCCAUUUUUUUAUUUUUAUUUCCGUCUGACAUUUUAGCUGUGAAUGUCAUAAUACUGUUCGGUUUUACUGCAAAAAAAUGCACAUAUUUGUAAUCAGCGAUGUCUCACGAGUACAACAGUACCCCCCCAUUAACCGGUUUUAUGGUGUUUUGGAAAGUUACAGGGUCAAAUAUAGAACGUUCCAUUUUCAAAUUGAAAUUUGACAGAUUAGUAAUGUUACCGUUGAUACGGUGUGGUAGCCCAGGAAUGAAAAUUACCCCCAUGAUGGCAUACCAUUUGAAAAAGUAGAUAACCCAAGGUAUUGAAAGUGGUGUAUGUUUACUCUUUUUUAGUAGCUACUUAAUCACAAACACUGACCAAAGUUAGCGUUCAUAUUUUGUUUUUGUGUGAAAAAAGCAAAAAUCGAAUAUUUGGCCAGUGUUUGUGACUAAGUGGCUACUAAGAAAGACUUGCAAUACCUUGAGUUGUCUACUUUUGCAAAUGGUAUGCCAUCAUGGGGGUAAUUCUCAUUCCUGAGCUACCAUACGCUCUCAAAGGCAACAUAAACAAUCUGGCAAAUUUCUAUGUCAAAAAAAUGAAAUGCAAGCCUUAUAUGUGACUCUCUAACUUUCCAAAACACCAUAAAACCUGUACAUGGGGGGUACUGCUAUUCUCGGGAGACUUCACUAAACACAAAUAUUAGUGUUUCAAAACAGUAAAAUGUAUUACAACAAUAAUAUAGUCCAUAAAAGUGCCGUUCGUUUGUAAAAAAUGCAAAAAAAGUCACUUUUACUUAAAAUAUCAUCGUUGUAAUACAAUUUACCAGUUUGAAACACUAAUAUUUGAGUUCAGCGAAGUCUCCUGAGUAAAACAGUACCCCCUAUGUACAGGUUUUAUGGUGUCUUGGAGAGUUACAGGGUCAAAUAUAGUGCUUGCAAAUUAAAUUCUCUGCACUUUCUCCCUGUGUUGUCAGGCAUGUCAAUCAAUUUGAAUUAAUCAAAUCACAUAAUUGUUAAAAGAUUACUUAAAUAUACAUGUAGAAUUUUAAUAUAUAUGCAUUUAUAGGUACUUAAAUUCUACGUGUAUACUAAUGUAAUCUUUUAUGUAAUUAUAUGUAUGUGUGUGUGUGUGUGUAUACUGGGCGCCAGUAAGGUGAGUAUACUGGGCUUUAAAGCCCAAUUAAAGCGGGACGGCAUAGAACGCCGUAACAGCGUUAAAGGGAUACUAUAUGCACUUUUGAUGGCACACAAUCGAGCAGUGAGACAUGCAUGAUCUAUACACCACAUCUGCUUCCCUAAAGGAACACUAUAGCGUUAGGAAUCCAAAACUGUAUUCCUAUCACUAUAGUGUCCCUCUGCCCUAAGGUUGUCCAGCUCUCCCCCCACAUUGAAAGGGUUAAAAAAAACCUUGUAACACUUACCUUUUUCCAGCACCGAGGUCUCUUGGGGCUGGCUUCAUCUCAGCCUCACCCAAGUCAGCAAUAGGGUGUGAGGGGGUUAAACCCUUUCCUUUGAGUUUUUUUUCAAGAUGCAGGAUGUCCUCAUGCAAAGUAAAAGGAUGUCCAGUGUCAUUUCACAGAGUUAAAAAAAGGUGAAACUGCAGGAAGCAGAUCUGUCUUGUGGACAGUCACUAGUCUUGGCACUGCAAUAUAAACAUUGCAGAGCUAAGGGGAAAAAGGACAUUGCACCCAGAUUAUUUCAAUGAGCUGAAGUGGUCUGGGUGCCUAUAGUGUUCAUUUAAAGGAAUACUAUAGUGCCAGGAAAACAAACUCGUUUUCCUGGCACUAUAAGGUUAUUCGGUCGUCCUCCUCCCCCCUGGCUGAAGGAGUUAAAACCACUUCAGCCACUUGCCUUAAUCCAGCGCCGGGCUCCCUCGGCGCUGGUGACCUUUUCUUCUCCUGCAGACGUCAGCGCCUAAAGCGCAUGCACAGCAAGAGCCGCACGUGCAUUCAAGCUGCCCAUAGGAAAGCAUUACUCAAUGCUUUUCUAUGGGCGUCCAGCGUGAGUUUAAUGCGAUUUUCGCAUUAAGGAUCUCGGAAGCGGCCUGUUUUGGCUGGAUUAACCCUCAAUGAAAACAUAGCGGUUUCUCUGAAACUAUGUUUACAGCUGCAGGGUUAACACUAGAGGGACCUGGCACCCAGACCACUUCAUUGAGCUGAAGUGGUCUGGGUGCCUAUAGUGGUCCUUUUAAGGGAGGGACUUUACUGCAAGGGCGAUGCUGGGUUUACAUAUGCUCCUGCUGUCUGAGAUAAGUGAGCCUUGCAGUCCCAGGAAGCAACUGUUUCAGCUGCCAUGAUUUGGGCCCCUAGACUUCAAAGUGGUGAUUUGUGCAUACUUCUCUUUUCGUUACUGCUCUGUCUGUGCGGUGUAUCAUUUGAAAACAUAUUGUGUUUGUGUAUAUGUAGUCUGUUAUGAUCCUGUAUCUAACAAAAUUGUAAAAAAUUUUGUUAUAUUGUCUUGAUUUUUGUUUUUUCCCCAUAACUAUUUUAGUGGUGGGUCACUACAGAUAUCCCUGUUGGAUAGGAGCACCCUACGUAAAUAAACGUGUAUGCUUUUAUGCCUCAGUGCAAGACGGGUUAACUAACGUCAGGAAUAAAUUGAGACUAAGUUGGAAACUGCUGCUUUUUCUCUGACUGUUCUCAUUCAACUUGUUUGUGCUUCAUUAGUGAAAAUGAAAGUCAAAUAAUCUAUCUGUUCAUUUUGAAACUUUGAAAUUUGAACUCGAUCACCCACGCUAGAGACUCACAUUCUUUCUAAUCUGGUAUAAAAUUCUGUUGAGGGUCAUUUAACUCCCAUUCUAUUAUGCCAUUAGCCCAGUGAUCUUUGUGAAUAGUUGAUAUUCUGUUUCCAUCUGAGUUAUUUGCAUUAGCAGUUUGCGAGGUAAGGAGGUAUAGUACACAAAGUCCUACUUGAAAAGCACAUGGUGCCUGUACCAUUGUGUAACUGCUCUUGCAUUGUAGGACAAUUUGCCUCCAUAUUUUAAGGUAUUGACUGAUCCUUCUGUAAUGAUUUUAGGGUAUGGACUAUUGAAUUGCCUGGCUUCCAGUUUUCUACGAAACCAACUACAACAGAUUCCUUCUGAUACAUUAAACGUGAAUGAAGAUCUCCAAAUGGUAAGUCAUUUUUAUGAAUUUGUGCCAAAAAGUAGCUGGAAACACCCAAAUGAUGUUUGUUUCACCCCAAUCUGUGAAAUGCUGGCCUGUUUAAUCUAUAAGUUUCCUGUGUAGGCACCACACAUACAUCCUGCAUCAGAAACUAACUAGGCUUCUGAACAGUUUUUUCUUAAAAAAAAAAUCUAUUAGUUUAGGAUAUAAACGAGUUAGCUGUUAGACAUUUUGGGGUGUUUGUUAAUCUCUGCAAAAAAAAAAAAAAAACACAACCCCCAAACUUGGAAAAACACAAAUAUUUUGCCAUUGUGUACAAAUUGAUGCAAGGUUUGGCUAUGUAUUGAGCUCUCAUUACCUUCUUGCCCUAUUCAUUCGUUAGUAGAAUGUUUGUAGGUUUUGUAAGGAAUGAAUAAGUAAUUCUGCAUGGCAGUAUUUUUGGAAAUGUAAGUAAAAUGACCCUUUGGAAUGUUGAUGUGUUUUUUUUUUUUGUUUUUUUUUUAAUUUAUUUUUUAUACAUUGAUAGUUUAGGAAGAAGUUUAUUUUGUGCUUCUUGCAAAAUGUUGUUAAAGUUGUAUAGACACUUUGUGGUUUGUUACUGACUGGGAGCAAUGCAUUUUGCAUUACACUCCGUGGCAGCUGAAGUGCUUUAGGGGUUAACCGCGUCCCUGCAGUUUUAUUUUAUAGAAGUUCCAAUUACAAGAGAAAUUGGCAGUUUUAUAACCAUCCCAUAACAACUCUCAACAGACCAUCUUUAAGGAAAAACAAUGUUUCGAGCAGUGGGUUCCAAACCAGUCCUCAAGGCACACCUACCAGUCCAGAAUUUAGGGAUUAACCACCUUAGACACAACUGCUAAAUCCCUAAAUUCUGGACUGGUAGGUGUGUCUUGAGGACUGGUUUGGAAACCACUGGUUUCGUACAGUUGUUAAAGGACCACUAUAGUGCCAGGAAAACAAACUAGUUUUCCUGGCACUAUAGUAUUAAUAGGUCCCCCCUCCUGCCGGGCUCUAGGGGGAGGAAGGGGUUAAACACUCACCUUUCUCCAGCGCUGGGCUCCCUUGGCGCUGGGGAUUCUCCUUCGAACGUCAUCGGCUGAAUGUGCAUGCGCGGCAAGAGCCGCGCGCGCGCAUUCAGUCAGUCCAUAGGAAAGCAUUCUCAAUGAGACAGCCACUAGAGGCUGGAUUAAGCCAAAUGUAAACAUAGCAGUUUAUCUGCAACUGCUAUCUUUGCAGCAGGCAGGGUUAAACCUAAAUGGACCUGGCACCCAGACCACUUCAUUGAGCUGAAGUGGUCUGGGUGCCUAUAGUGGUCCUUUUAAGGGAGGGACUUUACUGCAAGGGCGAUGCUGGGUUUACAUAUGCUCCUGCUGUCUGAGAUAAGUGAGCCUUGCAGUCCCAGGAAGCAACUGUUUCAGCUGCCAUGAUUUGGGCCCCUAGACUUCAAAGUGGUGAUUUGUGCAUACUUCUCUUUUCGUUACUGCUCUGUCUGUGCGGUGUAUCAUUUGAAAACAUAUUGUGUUUGUGUAUAUGUAGUCUACACAGCGUCAUUGUGUUGCGUUUUUUUUGUGGAGCUGGGAGGCAAGAUAUCCGUGAACAUAUUUUAUGGGUUGCGGGCUGCCCUGUGUAGUUCACAGUCAGUAUGAAGAAGGCUGUUGAUGUGUUUUACUGUUUUUAAUGUCUGAGCGCUGACUGCAAGUUGGGGUGUUAGUGCACACACUGAAAUGUGGGGUUCUCGCAUGUAAACUGCCAAAUAAAUGGUUGAUUCUACUACAGGUUAAUUUAUUGCCAUGUUACAUAGCUUAAAAAGAGACAUGCGGCCAUCGUGUUCCUCCUUUCAAGACCUCUGCUUCAUUUAUCUCUUCAAUCAAUGCAUGCCGCACUGUGUGCAUUCUCUUCACUGUUUACUUCCUGGUUACUCCGUUGCCAAGUAACCCUUCUGCACUGACACUUCUUGAGAGAGGCAAGGAUCUCUGAUCACUAAUUAGCUAAUAAAACAAAUGACAGAAAAGGGACAUAGGCAGCUCAUUCAUGCACUUAGCAUUAUAACAUAAAGGUUUUUAUUUUCCCCCUACACCUGCAAAUCAAUGGAUAAAUCACUUUAUUCACUCUGACCACAACAUCAAGUUGUGGUUUGCCACCAAGUAAGAGAUAUUUUGUUGGCCUUUAAUUCCAAUUAUCAAUUUUGCUGUCCACAUACAUAUCCCGAAAUGGACCCAGUAGGGCAGGGGUUUAACUUUCAAUAAUUGGAAGCAAUGAACUGGAAACUCUCCUAUAAGUAAAUGGAUGAAUGUGGGCAAUGCCUUCCUUGCAGUGUUUAUAUGAAAAAUUUUGUUGGGGUGUAAAUGUGAUGUUGUACUUGUGACGGCGCACUUGAAUUUCUGCAUAGCAAACAUUUGGGGGGAAUCAGGGAUUGUGUCAAUAUGACAGAGAAAUUGCAGUCAUUUUUUAUUUUCAGUGCAAAUUAAGGUAGAUCAUGCUCACUGAGAACCUGCAAAAGAGAGACUGUUUGCGUGUAGCUUUUUACUGAUUACUGUUAAUGCUUUAUCGGUUUACAGCACAAAGAUUGGUAACUAUACCACGCAAUGUGCGUUUAAGUGAAUGUUAAUUGGCCAGAGUUAAAGGUAAUUGUAUCGCUGAAGAAAUUCUCUCCAAAUUAUUGCUUUGAUGCUAACAGUUAUUUUGGCCUUACAUUUGAAAUUUACUCUUUGAAAUUCCUAACAAUUUUCACUUUGGUAAAUAACCCUUUAAAUGUGGACAUUUGUUUGUCUUUAGUAAGACCAUUUUGAUACAAUUUUUUUUUUUUUGUCACAGUUAAAAAUGUCAGCAAACUGAGUAUGUCGUGUUAAUGUUUGUAGCAGGCUGAAGAAUAUGUCUGUUGAUUUGUAGGUAAACUUUAUAAUAAUGUUUGAACUGUAGAUGAAGUGUACCGCGUCUGAGUUUCAUAGUAAAUCCACAUUUAUCUGGCUUAAUGCACUGCUCUAUAAAAUCUAAAGUUCUCAUAAGUGUUGUUGUAGAGUGAGCAGAAAUGAAUCCCUUCACAGUCUUGUUAAAUGUGAACAAGAGCUUUCCUAAUACUGUUAUUUCACCCCUUGGCUAUAGUUGUGCGCAUUGCGCACAUGCACAUAUAAGUAAGGUUGCCGGAUGUUGUAUGAACACAUGUGGUUGCUGGUAUCCUGCUGUCAUGUGUAGCCCAAAUAGGGAGGCUCCAUUAGAUGUUCAGUUGGUAUAAAUACAGUCGAUGUCUGUUUAGCAGCUGUUAACAGCAGGUGUGCAAGCAAUACCCGGGAUAUUAGAAUGUUAAUCAUUCUGUUUGCCAGAACUAAUACAUCUUGCAAAGUUUGGAGUUUAUUUGCUAAACUGUGAAUUGUGGGCAAUUUGAAAUGGUAUUGGAAAUUUCAGGAAAUCGUUUAGGAAAAUAUGUAUUUGUUCCCACCUUAUUGGCAAUUAGUUUAGCUAGUUGAGAAAAUAAGGUCCUAUGUGCAUGUAAUCAAGAAACCCUAAGAGACCAAUCAGAGUCUCUGUUGAACCGUGCUAUAAAUAUAAUAAAGUGUGUGAACGAACUGUAUUAUAUGUAUAUAGGUAGACUUUUUGUUCUCUCCAAACCUGAAAGUUAUAUGGAACAAAUCUAAAAACACAUAGUCCACAUGAAAACCCCAAAUUUGUGUGUGUGUGUGUGUGUGUAUGUAUGUGUGUGUGUGUGUGUAUAUAUAUAUAUAUAUAUAUAUAUAUAUAUAUAUAUAUAUAUAUAUAAUCUCAAAUCCUGAUGCCACUCUUGGAUGUCCUCAAUACUGUAUGUGUUCAUGGUAGUUUGUCUUCUCUUAAAGGACCACUCUGCAUCUAUAAAGCACUUCAGCUUGCUUAUGGAUGAGGAGUUCAUAAGAAUUGCAGCUUUUGCAAGCACUUUUAAGAUAUCCCCAAUGAAUACAUGCAUGAAAAAUAUAUGUAUGAGUUAAUUGCGGGUAUAUCUACUAAAUAGCUAGCAAUUUCUCCUUUUAUAUUUUUUUCCCCAUUUGGGCUGUGGCGUGUUCCUUUAAAUUGCUUGGCAUUUUAUUUAGCAAUGCAAUUCUGUUUAUAAAGAAACACUCCAGCCGCAGUGGCCAUGGGUAUCUAGCAGGACCCAGGUAAGUUGUGAAAACAUCCAAAAAUUUUAUGGCUACUUACUGGGGAGCAGUGCCUUGAAAUUUAGAGAGCUAAAGUGGUUAUUAAAUCUUUUUUUUUGCAGUGCAAUAUAGAAUGACAUACAGUCCUGAGGUGCCCCAAAGGCAGUCCUCUGGCUGAGCUUUACUGUAGAUUUGACAUGCACAAUUUUUUAAUAUAGAGAACAUAAGGAAAACAGCGGUUACAUCCCUCUAUGCCACAUUUAAGAAGAGACAUUCCAAAAGAGAGUUAAGCAUAGAGUGGAGCAACAGAUAAACGUUUGACUAGCCAGGCUUUAGGUAAAUGUUUUACAGCAGGCUAUGAAACUGGCAGCAUAUUGAUAAAGUAGGUUUGACAAAUUAGUGAUUCAAAGCUAGGUUACGGUAUCGCUGGGUGCAGAUAUAGUGAAGCUAUGCGUGGUAUGGCUCGAAAAGGAAAGUACAAGACACAGAUGCAGAGUACUAUUAGGCAUGUGCUUCAGUAUAAGGUAUGAGUUCACUCUGGUUUGGAGGGCUCAGUGUGUGGCCGUCUGCUCGCUUUCGGCACUGUUCACCCGUGCGGGCCUCUGCAUACCUUGGCGGCUGGGCUGCUUGCUGUUUAGUUCGUUGUUUGGCCCUGUGUUGGCUGCAGUGAGCAUCCAGGCGCCGCAAGCUGUGUUAGGGAUGCUUGGUGCAUAGGGUCUGCGUUCACUUGUGCCGGCCGCCAUCCUCUGCCAUCUUGGGUGUACCUUGCUGCCUCAUGGUGAUUGGAAGCAAUGGUGGCCGGCUGCCUGUGGCACCCAGCGAGGACCGGCAUAACCCCUGCCGGUCCGGGGGGUUUAGAGGUGAGUACGGUGAGGUUGCCAUCUGCAAGGUUACCAUCCAAGAGAGCGGCCGCCUCUCCCAGGCUCGAUUGCAGUUAGGCCUCAAGCUGGAAUCGUGGGACCCGGUAAGUUGCGGGUACAAGUUUGGUAUCAAAACGUUUUCCCGGGUCUCCCCCACUCUAUAGUCACCUUCCCAGCGGUGUGAGUGCGAUGAUUUGGGGUAUAUCCCCCGUUUUAGUGGCUGGCUUGCGGGAGCUAUCAUGCAGCACGUCCACUCUGCUAGGAAGCUAGGCUCCGCCCCCUAAAUGUCUCUUUCAAAUGUAUGUCUGUUCCCUGUAGUGUGAGGAACUAUGGUGAUAUGGACUUCCUUUGAAUUCCCUUCAGUGUUUUGUUUUGGUUGCUGCAGUCCCAGUGGAACCUUGAAUAGCAGUCCAGAACAAUGUGAUUUUUCUCGAAAUCUCAUGAAAUACUUUUUUGCGAAUUUGAGCACAGUCAGGGUUAUUGACUAAAUUGGGAAUUCACCAGGAAAUUUCACAUUUUAGGCGAAAACCGUUAAACCUGAAAAAAUAGCUCAGUUGAAGAAUAUUAUUUUUAAUUUUUUUAUGAUUGCAACUUUAGCCUAAGAUUUGUGGUUUAUUGAAUAAUCAUGUGUGUAUUUUAGUGUGAUUUGUGCAUUCUGUGAUGUGUUUUAAUGUUCUCUUGUGCAGAUCUCUCUGAGCCACUGUGUGGGUGUCUUGCAGAGCUGUAUCUGACGUCCAAGCUAAGAUUUGAUAUAUAUAGAUUCUAUCUUCUGAUCUGCAGGUUUCUCUGCUGAGAAAUAGAUUGGUUUAUUUAUGUAUAGUGGCAAACAGGUCAGUAUGCAGCCAUGGUGGUCCGCAGGAAUUUUUCCAUGGGGGGUGUGGGCAUAAUUGUAAUGACAUCCAUGCUUGGCCCCUUUUUGACAGUGUCAUGAAAGGGAAGGAGCAUAGUCAUUUUCACAUAAAGCCAGGGAAUAGCUUUUUUACAACUAUGGUGUCUGGAAUAUAUGUUUGUAUUCCUGACACUAUAGUGUUCCUUUAAUCAAAUUAAAGGAACAUUCUGGUCACCAUAACAACUUCAACUAAAUGAAAAUGCUAUCAUGCAAGGAGGCCCCUGGGCGCUCUCUUUCCUUUAAGGAGUGAAACCACUCUCAAAUGGUUUACCCCCCAAAGGCUUCCUCCAGCUCCAGAUCUCCAGGUCGCUCAGUGGUAUUCAGCUUCUUAAACGGAGUGUCAGGAAGUGCAGAUUGACAUCAGGCAUGGGUGCCGCUGAUUGGCUAGAGUGGUCAGCUGACGCUCUAAGCCAAUCGCUAGUUCCCGAUUCAUAAAAAUGUUUUACGUUUUCAUGAAUGGGGAGCUACUGAUUGGCUUUGAGUGCCAGCUGACCCUCUAGCCAAUCAGCGGCACCCUUACCCAGCGGCCAUCUGUGUUUCAGGACACUCAGUAAAUUAAAGUGAACACAUUAACACUGAUAUAUAUAUUUUUUUUUUUUUACCUGGGGAGAUGACGAGGUCCAAAGUUUCCCUGCCAGGCCCAGGUACCAAAGCCUUAUGAUGUGGUGUCCAGAAUGAAGUGCUCCAAUCUCAUUUUCUUCUCCUUCAUUUGACACAGUCUUCUUUUUCUUCUGAGGCUCCUUCUGCAGAGGCGGCUCUAGACUUUAUGAGGCCUUAGGCGAAACUCAAACAUGAGGCCCCACUAACAAAAAAGUGAAAAAAAGGCUGGCAAGUGCUCCCUCUGCUCCAUGUCUGACUAACAGGGGGCUGGGAUUUAUGCAUGUCGGCUCUGCAGUUUGCAUGCACAGUAUUGUCAUAUAUUUAGAGAGCCAAUAGUUUACCUGGAUUAAGUUAGGAUUUUGACCGUAUUUUUUUUCAUGUCAUCAAAAUAUUUUAUUUAUAUUAAAGUUACUAUUUUCUAUAGACUUGCAGUCCAUAAGGUAGAGAAAGUGAGUAAUCACAAUAUUUAUAUCUUAACUUAUGGGCCUUUUUAUAUAGCAUUAUGUUUAUAAAAGUGCUACAAACCUGGACAGAUUUCUAUACUUGUUUUGGUCUUUUGUGUCUUGGGAUCCCUCGUUUUUUUUUAUAUUUUGUAAGACAUUCUGUAUGAACACAAUAUAAGAACUUCUAAAUCUCGCCAUGGAUAAUUACUCACUUGAUGGUCCGUUUUAUGGCCGCUACAUGGCAUGUUACACAGGGUACAUCAUUUUGUGAGAAAACCAAAAAUGGCUCAUGAUUGCAGCCUCUGUGUUGCUGAAUCUCUGUAAAUACUGCUACUGCCCAGCUAUGUGCAAUCUGUCAUUGCACGCAAUGAACAAGCCGUGUGUCUGUACAGAUAAAAAGGAAGUGAAUGGUCUCACUGUGGUAUCAGGGAAUGAGUUGGUUAACUCUAGGAAUCCCCCUGCCUUUUGUCAAAACCACACGCAUGUACAAAACAAUGGUUUGACAACAGCCAAAGGAACUUUAGCCUUAACCAAUAAAAUAAGCAGUGUCCUUCUGAUGAUGCAUGUAAGUAAAUCUGUUAUUUAAAACCAUACCAUAUGCAAAACAUGUGAAAUUGAAUUAUUUUCACCUUGUUAUGUUUCAACAUCACUGGGUCUGCAGGUGAAAUAAUUGUCUGGCUUUUAUUAUGUUGAAUGCUUGUAUAAACUGAAGCACAGGUUACAUAAUUUAGUUUUUAGUGUAUGUUGUGUAGUCCAUGCUAUAGUUUCAUCCUCCAGUUUGUUGAACCUAUAAUUGGAGGGCCUGUGUGCUAAAAUAUUAACCAACAUUACUUUACAUAAGGCAGUGAAAGAAGUUGAGGAAAGAGUUGUAUGUGACGUUAUGACCGCUAGAAGGUAGUGUGCGACGCGAUGGCGUCCUGCCAGUGGUGUGCGACGCGAUGGCGUCCUGCCAGUGGUGUGCAAAGCGAUGGCGGCCUGCCAGUUCUGUGAGAUAGGAUGCUGGACUACCCUUCAAACCUUUUAUCACAAACACCUUUUUAGAAUACCUUGAGCAGUGAAAUGAGUCUCAAAGAAAAGUUAUUGGACUACUGGUCAUUUCAACAAUGUUUAAGCAGGAAUACUUUUGGAAUUGUAGCACAAGUAUUAAGAAAGUGAAUUUGGAGCACUAGAGGGUUACACAGUGGAAUGUGACUAAUGGGAGAGCCAACAAGCCAAAUGUGUGAGAGAUAGCACUCGCCAAAUGAGCAGGGAUAAAUUCCUUGUGGUGCACAGGACCAGGAUGUCCAUACAGGUAGAAACGUAACCAAAGCACAGAAGAGAUUCAGCGCAAGAUUCAGUCGCAGUAAGUGCUUUUAACAAGGCCCUUGUUUCUGCCCAAAUAUUGCUGGAGGGUUCCGAAUAGAAUCUCUGUUCUGAGAGUUUGUGCAGGAUCUCUUCUUUGAAACAAACCAUAAUGCAUCUAAUUGCAAUGUAUUCGUUAAAAUCCAUGGAUGACCAUAUGGAUUCACAUACUUUUGCUUUUCUGUCCUCACCCCUUGCAUGAUCAACUGCUGUUCUCUACUUACUGAAUGCAUAAAGAAAUCAUGUGUAUUAGCAGAUUGCUUGUAAAUUGCCGGUUCUGUGACCGCACACAUCAAACAGGCCGAGAGACGUUACAAGUUCCUGUCUAUAACUCACACACCUGCUGUUAACAGCUGCCAUAAAGAGAUAUCCUCUGUAUUAUAUACCAACUGAAAACUGUUAGGGCCUGCGCGUCUCUCCCCAGGGUGCGUGUUCUUCAAGCAAUGCUGUUUGCUUUUAAAGGAACCGUAACCAUUAUUAAACAUUUAGCAUGUCUUAUAAACAAUAUACUUGAGUGAUAUAAAAGAUAACAUAUCUUUGCACAGCUAUGCAGUUUACUCUGCCUUUUGGUCUGUUGUCUGGCAGCUGGUCAGGCAUAAAGGCAUGUUUGAAAUGGCAGCACUCAUCCCAACCUGUCUCUUUGUAUGUAUGUGAAUUGUCUGUUUUUUCGCUGCUGGCUCAGUGAGGAAUCCUUGUUUUGAUAUGAAAUUAGUACAGUUAUUUUUUCAACUAAUUGCAUGUAUAAAAAAAAAAAAAGAGCCUUUCUCUGAGGAAAGUAGGGAGUGUUAGCAAUUUGAUGUCUACACCUUUCCCUCAAGAAUAGAAACAAACUGAGGCGUGUUAAAAUUGGUAGCGAGCUACUUUAAGAAGCAGCAGCUCUGACGAGCUUUGCCCAUUGUGUAGAAUUUAAAGGGACACUUCAGUGAAACUGCUAUGUUUACAUUACAGAGUUAAGACAACCUCUAGUGGCUUUCUUCCAGACAGCCACUAGAGGUGCUUCCUGGUGCCUAACUGGGUUUUAACUCUGUGAAACGACAUUGGAGGUCCUCAUGCUUUGCAUUAGAAUGUCAAACGUCCUCAAAAUUCCCAUAGGAAAAACAUUUAAUGCACUUGCAGGACUUGUCGUGUAUACACAUAAGGUUCCCCCAUCGUGGUGACGUAUCUGGAAGAAGACACCGAUCUAGUGCAGAGGGACUUCAUGUUAAGAGUGUUAAAAGGGGCUUCUACGACCUAAAGAAAUAAGCAGAGGGACGCUAUAGCAUUGGGAAUACAGUUUUGUAUUCGUAAUGCUAGUGUUCCUUUAAAUAUGCACCACAUCCAGCAUACUAACUGGGGGCAAAAGGAAGAAUUUCAGCUUCCGAAUAGAUAUAUGGGUUACAUUUUGACUCCUAUAAGGUUUCUUUUCUGUGUUUUUAUUUUUUUAAAUUUUUUUAUAAAAGUUUUACUUUUUGGCCUGCAGUCACAUACUCCACCAUCCGCCUGCAGCCCUCGCUAUUCUGUGGUGACUUCAAUAACCCUCGUGGAUUCAGUAGCCUUUUCUCUCCACUUGGUGGCACUGCUGUCUUACGUUCGAUGUCGAUGACAGCACAUCAUGUCCAGAAUCAUUCAUUUGUAGCCACUGUGAUAUCGUGACAUUUUCAUGUAUUUUUCUGUGUAUUUGUACAGACAAAUGGGAAAACUGUUCUGUGGUCUUGUAAUAAAGAACAUGAGAGUGAGCCUUGUUACUGUCGCCUCAGUUUGUCAUUACUAUAGACCUGUCUCUCCAGACACAGCUUUAAAUAUUUUGUUUAUAGUGUACAAUAGAAUGGAAGCCAAAGGGUUUGUGAUUUAACAUGUCCGUCGACACCGGAGAUAACGGCCCGUUUCACAGACCCAACUGUCUCUGGAUAAACACUUCAAUGUUCACCCACUUAGGGUGCAGACAGGAAUACGUUAAUGGAUUCCAAGGAGUUCGUUACUCACCAAUAGACCUCUAAAUGGCUGGUAUAAAAACAUUGCGGGCUCUAAUACCCUAAAUGUGUACAAUAUAAACGUAUAAAUAUACUUAACAAUGUCAUGGUCUUCUGAAUUCACAGAACCCUAUCGCACUAUCUGUAUGUGUAUGCAUUUGUCUACAAGUUGAAUUUUGUUGCCGUUAUUUCUUCAUCCUUACCAGCUUUAUUCCCCUCCGUGAUGACCCUUGGUUGUGCUACAUGGGGUUAAGCUUUUGAAAAGUAAAGUUUAUUUUCUGCUUAUCAGAAAGUUUUUGGAAUGUCUGACUGCACAUGUGAAAAUAAUUCCUCUAACAAACCCGCUGAGUAGGAGAGACACAAGGUACUAUAAGCAAACCGUUUAAUUAGUUUUCACAGGACCAGACGACUGUAGCGAUAUUUAUUUUAACCGUAUUAGGGACCUGAUUGGUAAUAAUUUUGUUUCCAUGUUAUAACACGUACACACUGUUGACAGUUAUGAGUGGGGACCGUUUAAAGGAUGGUAGGGAAGUACUAAUAGUGUCAUGCAUGGGAAGUGCCCCAUGUCUGGUGUUUAACUACAGAACUGAGAUAGAGUAUCCAUUUUUCUUGGCUGUUCACUCUUGGUACCUGUUUAUCUGUGACAUUUGAGAAAAGAAAAAGAAUCCUGAGUUUUUUUUUUUUUUAUAAUGGUGCAUGUUUAUCACUCUCAUCAUUAUUUAAAUAGAUUUCAGUAAGGCUUUUGACACUGUUACACAUAGGUUUAUCAAUAAACUGCAAUCUUUGAGUUUGGGUCCCAAUAUUGUUAAAUGAGUAAGGCAGUGGCUGAGUGACAGGCAACAGGUGUCCGCAGGCCGGGACCGCUAGCAGUGUGGCCUGGUUGCCGUCCACGCUGCCGGACAGAGAGGGAGGCAGGGAGCCCAUAAAGUGGUGUACUAAUAGUGGGCGGUCAACCCACUUAGAGGUGCGGCCAGGCAGCAUGAGGAGGAAUGCGGCGGUGCACAGAGUCUUCACCACCCUCACGGUGUCUUCAGAGCAGAAGCGCUCUGACACUCUGUGUGGGCGGCCCUACGGCAGGAGAGCAUGGAGCAGCAAGCAGGCGGAGGAGCAGGGUGAGUGCUUGCUAAUACUGUUGGUUUUUAAAAAAUAAAAUUUAAAAAAAAAAUGUUUUAUUUUUUUUUCGUGCCUUGGCAAAAAUGUAAACAUUGCCUUUUCUCUUCCAAGACAGCGUUUACAUUAAAAAGCCUGCAGGGACUGCUUAUACUCACCAGAACAACUACAUUAAGCUAUAAAACAUUAUUUCUCUUACUGUAAAUCUACAUGUUCCUAUGUUUUCACAUUGUUCCUGAAAAUCGAUUUUUGGUUUCAGGACUUCAGGCUGUCUUUAAUGGCUGGCUCUUUUUGAGUGUUGUCUCCGAAGUUGGGUAGAUAUGAAUAUCAACCUCAAUAUGGACUCAUUUUAAGAGUUUACUUUGUCAAAAUGAUUAGUUAUUUAUAUCCGCAGCACUAUACAAUAGGAAACAAGACAAACCUUUAAUUUCAUCAAUACAUGUAUGACCUAUGUGAACAGUACAUGAAGAGGGCCCUGCUGCUGCUACAAGUAGGAUUUUUCGGUGUAAACUGCAUUAAAAAAUAAAUAAAAAAAUGCUGAGGCUACAACUAUAGAACAAUCAUUGUAAAUUUGAAUUCAUCAAAUAAAACAUCACAAUAAUUCAUUAAAAGAUCAAUACUAUAUAGUACCAAAUGAUUUAUUUUCUCUGACAUUUAUGGUACAUGGUCCUCCUUCUCAUUCCACAGCUGUUGCUUAAAGUAUUUUUGAAGCUGAAGUGUAUAUUGGCAGGGAUACAUUUUAGUUUUUGCAUUCCUGUUUUCUGUUUUUAGUUGUUCUAAAACACUGCAGCCAUGUAUACUUUCCUUGUAGUUUAAAAACAAAAAAUAACAACAAAACAUAAUCAAGUCCACAAUUUUAUCAGAUCUCAAGAAGAAAUUAUCCUACAAAGGUACCAGUACUGAAACAACCCUUGGAAUCUAAGCCCUGUUAAUAACAAAAAAACCUAUUUGUGGUCCUCCCAGUAAGAGACCAUCACACGGUGCAAAUGUGGCUUUAAAUAUUUUUGCAGCCAGGAGAGAUGUGUGAAGGUUUGUCCGUGUUGGGCUGUCUUUCUCCACGGGUCCCUGGGACCUGCAGUAAAGUGACGGUGCAGGGUUGUGGCCUGGGGUCCCAGCUUUGCUUCCGGUGGAGAUCAAAGCAGAGAGUUGGACCACAGGUCAGCCAAGAGCAGCAGUGACGUGUCUGCUGGGGGCCUCUGAAGUGGGUGACCGGCUGGACUGGGAGGGGUUAUACCAUUUUUUUGGAUCUAUUCAUGUGAUCAUCAUUAGUCUAAAUGCACCCGCUGUGUACUUCUGGCUCACAGAAUUUAACCUCUUGGUUACGCACUGUAAUAAAAUACUAGUAUUCUUUCACAUUACAUUGAUUCCCCCCCCCCAUCAUUCUCCAAGAGGAACAGUAUCAAGAAUAUAAACCAAAGAAUAAUUAGUAAAGUUAAACAUUAGAGUAGCGCUGCCAUCAGAAAUGUUGUGUUUUUAAACGGUCUAUAUGCUGAAAUCUGUUCACCAGGCAUUGCUUUAACUUUUAUUUUUUUUUACAUUAGUUGUAAACAUUUCCUGACAUAUGUAUACAGGAUCAUUUGAGGAAUCCAUUAAUCUUUUCAUUAAAAGACCACUAUAGUGCCAGGAAAACACUCGAUUAACCCAUAGGUAAACAUAGCAGUUUCUCUGAAACUGCUAUGUUUACUGCAAAAAGGGCUAUACCUAGCUGGACCUGGCACCCAGACCACAUUAAGCUGAAGUGGUCUGGGUGCCUAUAGUGGUCCUUUAACAGUCAUGGGAAGAAUAAUGUACACGUUGUUUGAAUUCUAUGAUUUUACAUAUCCGGAUAUAACAGUCAUCUGUUCCUUAGCAGGUCUUAAAAUCUAACCUCAGAUAAACAACAACUCAUGACCUUUCACACAGUGUCAUGAUUUAUUUAACACAAAUAAAACCAAAAUGGAGAAGCCAUGUGUGGAAAACCAAUUAAACUCUUACUGUUUCCAUGAGAAUUAAGAGGCUAAAUAGUAGACAGGUGGUGCUAAUCAAUUGCCCUUGAUUACUUGAUCAUCAGCAAGUGGGACCACCUCCUAUUCAAACCGAAGUUUUAGCAGUUUGCCGGUGUGGAGCAUACAGAUGUAUGUAAACUCAAUGCUAAUGAAGAAAGACGUCGGCAAUGAUCUUAGAGAAGCAAUUGUUGCUGCCCAUCAAACUGGGAAGGGUUGUAAGGCCAUUUCCAAACAAUUUAAAGUCCAUAGUUCUACAGUGAGAAAGAUUAUUCAAAAGUGGAAAACAUUCAAGAGCGUUGCCAAUCUUCCCAGGAGUGGACGUCCCAGCAAUUUCACCCCAAGGUCAGACCGUGCAAAGCUCUGAGAAAUUACAAAAAUAAAUGCAAGAGCUACAUCUCAGACUCUACAGGCCUCAGUUAAGUUCAACACCGUACAAUUAGAAAAAGACUGAACAAGUAUGGUUUGUUUGGAAGGUUGCAAGGAAAAAGCUUCUGCUUUCUAAAAAGAACAUGGUAGCCUAGCUUAGGAUUGCAAAGUUGAGUUUGAACUAACCACAAGACUUCUGUAACAAUGUCCUUUGGGCAGACGAAAAUGGAGAUGAUUGGCCAUUAUGCACAGCGUCACGUUUGGUGAAAUCCAAACAUCAACUGUCAAGCACAGUGGUUGAGGGUUGAUGAUAUUGGCUUGUUUUGCAGGUCCUGGGAGCCUUGUGGUCAUUAAGUCGACCAUGAACUCCUCUGUAUACAAAGAUAUUCUAGAGUCAAUUGUAAGGGCCAUCUAUCCUGCAGCUAAAGCUUGGAUGAAAUUGGGUUAUGCAACAGGACAAUGAUCCGAAGCACACCAGCAAAUUUACAACAGUAUGGCUGAAAGAGAAAAUAAUCAAGGUGUUGCAAAGGUCCAGUCAAAGUCCAGACAUCAACCUGAUUAAAAUGCUAUGGCAGGACCCUAAAGGACCACUAUAGGCACCCAGACCACUUCAGCUUAAUGAAGUGGUCUGGGUGCCUGGUCCAGCUAGGUUUAACCCUUUUUUUUUUUUUCUAUAAACAUAGCAGCUUCAGAAAAACUGCUAUGUUUACCUAUGGGUUAAUCCAGCCUCUAGUGGCUGUCUCAUUGACAGACGCUAGAGGCGCUUCCGCGCUUCUCACUGUGAUUUUCACAGUGAGAAAAUGCCAGCGUCCAUAGGAAAGCAUUGUGAAUGCUUUCCUAUGAGACUGGCUGAAUGCGCGCGUGGCUCGUGCCGCGCAUUCAGCCGAGGAGGAGGAGAAACCCCCGCCCGGCGCUGGAGAAAGAGGUAAGUUUAACCCCUUUCACCCCCUAGAGCCUGGCGAGAGGGGGGCUCUGAGGGUGGGGGCACCCUCAGGGCACUAUAGUGGUCCUUUAAGAGAGCCAUGCAUAAACAAAUGCCAGCAAACCUCAAUUAACUGAAGUAACUUUGUAAAGAAGAGUGGGCCAAAAUUCCUCCAAAAAGAUGCAAGACUGAUAGUCAUACAGAAAACAAUUGCUUUAAUUUAUUUCUGCUAAAGGUUGUUCAUAAAGCUAUUGAAUCAUAAGGUGUACUUCACACAGACUUCUCCAUUUUGGCAUUAUUAUUGUUAAAUGAAUCAUGACACAAUGUAACAUCUUAGGUUGUAUUUACAUGUCAAAUAUGACAUUUGGGUUUCUACCCUCCCGUCACGAUUUCAAGUUUUAUUUUUAUGUUGUUUAUAUAUCAUACAUUCAGAAAAGAGCUGUAAACUGAAUCCAUUACAUUACUUGGUUUGCAUUAAUUCAUGUAAUGCAAACACUGAUACCUUUGUAUCAGAUUUGUUUUCAGAUCCAUGCUUAUACUUCAAGAAUCUCUGCUGUUGGUGCUGGUGUGCAGGGAUUAAAAAAAAUAAAAAUUAUUUAUAUAUAUAUUAUGCCAAGUAUCAAAUUUCAGUACCUGAAAGUAGAUGGAAGAUAUCCACAGUUAAGGGACACUAUAAGCAUUAGAAAACUGUUGGCUUUAUUAUUAUUAUUACCGUUUAUAUAGCGACAACAGAUUCCAUAGCGCUUUACAAUAAAAGGGGGAUUGGGGGGGGGGGGUGUUUAACUUUAAAUAGGACAAAUACAAGUAAACUUACAGAAAUGAUGGGUUGAAGAGGACCCGCCGCAAACGAGGUUAGUCUAUUGAUGAAGCAGUUUUGGUGUAUAGAUCAUGCUCCUGCAGUCUCUCUGACCUUUUGAUGUUUAUACAGGCCGUGGAGGUAACUUCUCCCUGCAUGUGACCUCCACAGCCUUCCUAAACAUUUCCUGUAAUGUGAGAUCUAAUAUUUAAACUUCCUUUAUUGCACAGUCUGUUUAAUUGAGAAUUUCUUAUCUCUUGCUCUAAAAGCCUGUUUAGAAUUCAAUUAACCGAGAAAAAGAUAAAACUUCUAAAGUAAAUUACACUGUUUUGUCACAUCUGGUUAAAAAUGAAACCAUCUUUUCAUCUUGACUGUGUCGAUCACAUCCAGGUAAGGUAUGGCUGUGAAUGCAUAAACAGAACCAAACGUGAUUUAACUCCCAAAUGACAGAGAAUUAAAGGAUCACUAUAGGGUCAGGAACACAAACAUGUAUUCCUGACCCUAUAGUGUUUAAAACCACCAUCUAGCUCCCCUGGGCCCCUCAUGCCUCCAUAAAUAUAGCAAAAUCUUACUGUAUUCAAGCCUGAAGCUGUAACUCUGCAUGCUGUUUGCCUCAAAAAAACCAAACAGUCUGCUGACAUCAGCAGAAGUGGUAGCCUGAUCCAAUCACAAUGCUUCCCCAGAGGAUUGGCUGAGACUGACAAGGAGGCAGAUCAGGGGCAGAGCCAGCAUGAUUCAAACACAGCCCUGGCCAAUCAGCAUCUCCUCAUAGAGAUGAAUUGAAUCAAUGAAUUUCUAUGAGGAAAGUUCAGUGUCUGCAUGCAGAGGGUGGAGACACUGAAUGUUUGGAUGCAUUUUAGGCAGCCAUAACCCAGGAAGGAUCUCUAACAGCCAUCUGAGGAGUGGCCAGUGAAGUUAUCACUAGGCUGUAAUGUAAACACUGCAUUUUCUCUGAAAAGACAGUGUUUACAGCAAAAAGCCUGAAGGUAAUGAUUCUACUCACCAGAACAAAUUCAAUAAGCUGUAGUUGUUCUGGUGACUAUAGUGUCCCUUUAAGCAGUGAGGCUGCAGGGGCAUGUUCUAUACACCAAAACUGCUUCAUCAAGCUAACGUUGUUUUGUAGCUUGGAGUAUCCCAUUUAAGCACCAUGGUGGUAAAUUCCUUGUCACCGGUUGCCUUAUAUGUAUUUUGCUUAAUAGAAACUAUGUUCAUGGAAUUCUAAAGACUUUUUUUGUGUGUGUGUCAAGAAUGGAUAUACCGUAUAAAAUUAUACUGUUUGAAAUUGUAACUAAUGCAGUGCUGGUCCCUAUGUCACUCUACAGAUGAAGGCCUUUUACUUACUGUUUAUUUUAACGGCCCAUCGUGCCCCUGGUAUCGGUAAAGCAAAAUUAAUUUCCCAAAACUCUGUUGUAUGUCAAACAGCUUAUUCAAACACUAAACAUGAGUCUGCAAAGAUUCAACGUUGUUGGGAACAAUAUGUUAUGUUUUCCUGAUAAUGUUUUUAUAAAUCCUAUCUGUAUGCAGGUAUACAGAACUUGAGGAGUGUGGCAUCAAAUCACAUCUGUGACAGUGCCCUAUCCUACCAUACAGCAUAUAAUCUAGGUGCAAUAACCGUGGACGUCACAGCUAGCUAGGGAGAAGCACAAAAUAGAUUUUGUGUUUUUGAAAUUUCGGGUUGAAAGCAGAAAGGAGGGAAACCUACAUUAUAGUCAAAAUAAAAAAAAGCCUACUAUAAUUCCUCCAUUUUAUUCCCACAAACUUUACAGCAUAUACAGUGAGCUCAGACCAGGAAACUGCUCAGCCAAUCGGCAUGCUCCUAUUAUUUUCAAUAUAGGCGGGCAUAUCUCAUGCACGCCUGUCCAGCAGAAGUUUAUAGGAUUCUUAGUUUAGCACCUGGCAGCUCUAUCAUACUUGGAUUAGAUAAAUGGAACUCUUGCCAUAGCUAAAGGAAGCUGCAUUCAUAGUAUUGUACAGUAAGCCAUAUAGGAGCCUGUCUUAAAAGGUAUGGAUUCGAGAACAUGCAUAUACUGCCCCAAUAUUUGUUUUGGGAGUCACUGUAAAUAAAUAUAGGAUAAUUAGCUCAGGGGGCACGGGAUCUCCGUGAACACUAGUAAAGGAACAUAAGCUGUUGCACAGUCUCCAUCUGUAGUGACCUCUACAUAAAACAUUUUUAAAAAUAUGUUAAUGAGAACAUAUAAAAGAUACAAUGAUACUUCAAUCACAAACCUGGAUUAAAAAAAAAAAAAAAUUAAUUCGUUAAUACUUUAUCUAAAAAGUGGUCUGGGAUACAGGUUUUCCGUGCACCUCCCCAAGCAAUCUUGUUUUCCGUACCGCGAGUUAGUGAAGGGUGGGGAAUGUUGGUCCACGAUAUCCUGUUAAGAUGUUUUAGAUGAAGUUAUUUUAUCUCCUGCACCAGCCCCCAUGGUGUCAGUUAUUGACUAUAGUCUUGUUGGUUUCAGAUUAUAAGCACUCCUCAGAGGUUGAGCGCGGGAGGAGAUCUUCUGAUUGGAAACCCAUUUGCCGCAGCCACCACAACUAUGGUUACUCAGAGCCACAUCACAGAAGCUACCAGCUGGAUCCCAGGGUAAGUACUCUGAUACUCUGUUGGUUGCCUAUAUAUAUUCUUGUUUUUCUGUCUCUUUUUUUUAAACAUUUCUGUGUGAUCUUCUACUCCUCACUUCUUCCAGCGCUUCAACUCUCAUCUAUAAAGUCUUUCUGUUUUCUUCAUUUACUUUUUUGUUUAGCAUGGUAGUAUGCAGGGCACAACAUUUACACUAACCACAACCGUAGGUGAGUGAGUGACAGUUAAGACCUUUUGAGUAGAAAUUGAGGGUAUGCUAUGGCUUGAAGUGGUGAGUAACUUUUAAGACCUGGCUAGUAGUAUAGGACUACAAAUUAUAAGCCUUGUUAGUACAUACGUUGCCGUUCCAACAACAUUAUUAAUGCAUCUGUAUUUUUAUCUAUACAGGGACCGGAAGCGUACCCGGGACUUCAUAGAGUCUGACUUUUCAGAGAGGUAAGUAGAUGUCUUGCUUGCAGAAACAUAAACGCCACUGCUGAUCGCUUUGCAGUGUGUUGAGUAGGGGCAUUACUAGGCUUUAGCCAAAAAUAAUUUUGAUGACCACUUCCUAAAGCUCCACCCUUUGCCCUUCUCCAACUCUUUAGUAUGCCUCUUUAAACACUUAUAGUUACUUACAGAUACACGUGCGCACACACACCGACUUGCACAGAUGGGUACACACAGACCCAGAAAGGCACAAACAUACAUAGACUGGUACUAUUUACAAAUAUCAUUUGUAGCAAGCCAUUGAAUUAUUUUCGAUUUAUGCUCCUAGUCUCUCACUAAUCCUUCCAAACUAUAUAUUUUUUUUUUUUGGGGUUAUAAGAUACUUGUCAUCAUGUAUUCUCUUUGAAGGUCAAUGAUCUUGCUCUUUAGGUGAAAAAUACACCAAUGUCUAACACUAUGAAAGCCACCUAAUUUACUCUUCCCAUCGACAUUGAAACAGAUUGUGGACUGCUUUUGGUUCUUCUUGCGUGGGUUCAGAGCAACAUUUGCUUUUGUAAUUCUCUUCUUUGUCAUUAAACUUCAUUCUGAUAUACUUCAGUAUUGCAGGCCUUUUGGCCACCUUUCAUUGCAAUGCCUACAGAAUGGAGACAAUGAUGAAUAGACAGGGGGACUUGUGAGGUGGAGAGAUACCAUGGAAACUUGAGUGAAUAGAACAUUAAUGUAAAAAGACGUAAGUCUGAAGAAAGAGAAAAUGAAUAAACCGGAGAUACUGGAAACAGUGAGGAUCAGGGAGAAGUCUGGGUAGUGCAAGCAAGGAGGAUGGACAGAGAACGAUGGAAAAUUAGUGUUUAAAAGAAGGGACCCUCUUUUUUUUUUUGUAUCUCCCAAAUAUGACCUCUUUUACAGUUUUUGCAAAUGUAAGAAAGGGGCAACUUUAUCUUCUGACCCUUCUUACAGAAGACACUGCUAGGGGAUGGGCUCAGAGGAGAUGGAGCCUUGAGUGGGGUCUUGAAAACCCCGGGUCAUUGUUAGCCCAGAAUCCCCUUUAAUGCAAAGGGAAAAAUAACACAUCCAACUACAUCAUUUGUGAAAGUGCCACUUUAAUGUACCAUAUUUGGAGUUGGUUGUACAGCACAUUGUUGGGAUAUUGCUGUGGGGGACAGGGUUUUAAUGCAGCGUAUUAAAGGCUUAAAGGGACAAUAUACUUACCAGAACAACUACAGCUUGUUGUAUAUAUCCAUUUAAGAGGAUGAUUGGCGAGGAUUGGUGUUUGGUUCCGGCUCCCGGCCCGCCUCCUUGGCUGAGAUCAUGAGAAUUGACCAGAAAUGUUAUUGGCUGACUUCAAAUGACAUGUCCGGCACCCACAUAAAAGGGACAUUUUGAAAGUUAGGUUAUAGUUUACUUUAGUUGGAUAAAUAAAUAUAUUUUGCCUGAAUGGUAACUCCAAGGACCACGAACACUUUAGUUAGUUUAGUUUGAAACGCUGCUCAUACAUCGAUUUAGCCCUUUGCUGACUAUUGUAAUGUCUAUUCUGUGCAUUUUGGAUCCCUGUAAUCAGCACGGUUUUUCAUUGGUCAACCUACUUCAUUACCCCUACUUUUACCCUUUGUGUCACUUUACCCCACUCCCUCUAGCAUGUAAGCUCAUUGAGCAAGGCCCUCAAUCCCUCUGUUCCUGUGCGUCCAUUUGUCUGGUUACAAUAACGUGUCUGUUAGUCCACCCAUUGUACAGCGCUACGGAAUUUGCUGGCGCUAUAUAAAUAUAAUAAUAGUAAUGUAUAACUUGACAGUCAGCGAUCAUCAAAAGUCAAGUUAUAUAACAGCAGAAGCUGAUUAAUGUGCCAAUAACAUAACCAGAGAAAAUGUUACCCGUAAAAUAAUGCCAUAUAAUCUUCACCACACACGCCAGUCUACUUUUAAGAAAAUUUGUGUAGCUGGUGCUGGACAGGAAGACAAAAAACAUGUGAUAAGGAGUAUGAUGCAUAUGGACAGAAAGAUAAUCCAAAUAUUGAGAAAUGUGCAGAUAAAGUAAUGUUUUUAUCUCUUCAUUAAGAUAUCACUGAAUAUUCAGAUAUUUUUCAAGUUGGUCCAUGUGCUGAAAAUGGUUUGUUUCAUUACAAUUUAUCAACUUCCUGUUUCUCAGUGCCUUUUCUACUCACUGUGUAAUUUGAAUCCCUACUUAAAGCAGCGAAUUUGGGGCAGUUUGGAUCUGUAACGUUCUCCUGGCAGUAUCCCUACCGUUUCUAUUCACUUCCUCCUGCUAUUCCUAACUAGGAAUCUGGAACUAAUUCCCCUGGAUGCUUUCUGUAACUGGCUGGCCACUGUGGCAACCACUUGUGAAAGAGCGUUUAUAUCAUCUGGGACACAUCUUUGGCCUUUAGACACUGAUGUUGCUACAAUGUAUAGUGAGGCUGAAUAUCUGGGAUGUUCAUCCUACCCCACAGCUGCAGCCAGUUUCUAUACGUGCCAUUAUUUUAAAUCGGGAUUCUUUUUUUUUUUAUUUUAUUUUUUUAACUCUUGCUGCUUGUCUGAGCACAAAUGGCUACAGCACUGGAAAUUCAUGUAUGUUUAAGGCAAUUUGGUUAGUUUUCAGACUACACCUUAAUUCUUCUUUUUUUUUUGUCUUCAUCAUCCUGUCAUUUUCUCUACAUUUCGUUAUAUACUACUUUGUUACUUUUUCCCCAUCACCUUCAUGGUCCUCUCCUGCAUGAUGUAUCCUUAUCAUCUACAGCAGUGCUCACCCAACCCAGUCCUCAAGGACCACCAACAGUCCAUGAUUUAUGUAUUUCCCUGUUUUACUCCAAUGGAGAUAUUUACAAAACCUGAACUGUUGGUGGCCCCUGAUGACUGGGUUGGGGAACAUUGAUCUACAGGAUGGGCCAAAAGUCUGAGUAGGAUUUGAGGAGUCUAACUUUUUAAAAUGUAUUUUAUUAAUAUUACAUACAACUUUGAAGAGCCUCUUAAUAGCGAAACUCACAUUGGGGCUCACUCCGAUACCUUACCCUGCUCAAAUCCACUUUUUAUUUGGACCAUUUUCCCACAUAUACUUCCGAGAUUUAUAUAUAUUGAUUUUAUGAUCCAUUAAGUAUUUUUAAAUUCAGUAGGUUCAGGUAUCCUGUCCUAAUAUUCGUUCUGGAUGCUGGCUAAUUACCACAAUCGGAUGCAUUGGUGCCCGGUCUGACCCAGAUGUAUUGUUGAUACCUAUCGCUGAAUUUGCAGCCUAGACCAUAUUCUGAUUAGAUAGGCAGCUAGUCUAGACGUGAUUUUAAACUAUCUUGAAAGCACAGAUUUACUCCUCACCUCUACAACGUAUUUCUAGCCAGCCUUUAUUAUUUUACUAUUGUCGGCUCAGUAUUACUUUGUUUCAUGGUGUCUAGAUGAUUUUUCAGGCAUUAGACUGUUUUCCAGUAUAGUCAAUUGGGGAUUGCCAUCUGCACACUUUUUACACGAGUUUCCCAGCAAACUCUGUGAAUGACCAUUUAGGCAGUAUCCGUCUUUCUCCCUUUAUAUGCCUAUUUUCAGUUCAGUGAUUGUUGCAAUCGUGUUUCUUUCACUGGUUUACUCAUUACAUGCUCUCCUUUAGGGCUUGUGCUGACACUUUGGUACACAUUUGCAACUUCGCAGAACGUUCAUUGUUACAAAUAGUAUCUAUUGAUUACUGUACUUAUUAUUUUCUUCUCUAUAUUACUACAUUAUCCUUACCACUACUUGUAUAUCUAACACCAGUACAUAUAAAUCGUAUUUAAAAAAAAAAAAAUUAAAAAAAAAUCUUUAUUUGUAGUAUUUUCGCUUUAUGCAAUCAAGGAGGGGGUACAGAAGGAAAAAAUGGGGGGAUCAGGGGGUCCAUUCAGUGCAGUGGUUUACAAAGGCGAAUCAAAUACAAUUAUAAUUACAGCGUCAACAUUGGGUUGGAUUGUUGUUGUAGCGGUGAGGUCUGUGUGUCGUUGGGUCCUUGGGAGUAGGUAUAGGGUUGUUUGUGGGAGUCAGGUCCCCGCCUCGUAUUGUGCCACACUAGCUUUGUGUUUCCCUUGGUGGGGCCUGUGCUAUUCUAGUUGUCACUUGGUCGGUGGUGAUUGCGUCUGAGGUCGGUCUACCUCUAGCUGGUGUGGGCAGGUGAGUUUGGCGUUAGUCUUGUGGUUCUUUUAGGGGGUGUGUCCUGCAGUGCGGCAUAUAAAUCGUAUUUACUGAGUGACUUAUCACUACCUUUUUUAUCCCUUUUUUCUCCCUUUUUUCUCAUUUUGGUUUAUUUAGUUUAGUCUUCUUUCAGCCUUUGUAUUUAAUAAAAGUUAUGUUUUAAUAUUACCUUUUACCCUCUAGCAAGGACCAUUUUGCUCUCCUUUUUCUAACGAAUGCUUACUGUAAUGUUUGACCAGGUACGAACCAUCUUUUAAAUGAGCUCCAUUUGCUACCUUGCAAAGUUAGGUUCUUGUGAUUGCAUUGUUCAUAACAUUCGUUAAUGUUUGAGGCUCUAGUACUGUAGUUUCUGCACAGAUAUCCCCCUGGAGUGUACGCGGUUUGUUCAUGUACACUCGCUCCUUCAGAUAUCUCCACAGAAAGUUAUUGGGAGUUGAAAGGCCAGGAGAACGUGGCGGACAAUUAAUCUGGAAUUUUCUUUAAAUUAUCCGCUCGCCGAACAGCUGUUAUUUUGAAAAUAAAAUUCCACUAUUUGUACUCGUUGUUCCUCAUGAUGACUCUUCCAAGACUCUGUUAUAAUAUGUACCUGACACAAAAAAAGUAACCAAUAAAAAAAUAAGCUAUUUACCUGUUAAAUCCAACUCUGAAUUUUGGCCUUUCGUCUCUCCUAUAUUUCUCUUCCCAUUGCUUUUUCCCCUGAUUUCUUGCAUCCUCCUUUCCCAGACUCCCGCAUCUCACUUCCCUCUCUCUUCCCCAUUUAACGCAUCUUCCUCUCUUUCAAUAUCAUGCACCUUCCUCUCUGUGUCUUGUACUUCCCCUCUCUCUCUCCAUAUCCUACAUCUUUAUCUAUUCCUGUUGGCUACAUAAUGUUUCUCUCAUUCCAAAACAAUGAACGCUGAAUGCCUGGACCAAUUUUAGGUGACUGUUUUUAACGAGCAGGAAGUUGAACAUGGUGUGUAAGAUGCAAAUCUAUCCAGCGAGCAUGAAUAUAUUAUGCUUCAUAAGACUGUGCAUGACUGCUGAUAAAAUUAUUUCAUAGAUUGUAAGCUCUUUUGAGCAGGGCCUUCUUCGCCACUUGUCUGUUAUAUUCCAUAUGUAAAUUACUUCUUGUCAAAUCUCCCCAUUUUCCAAUUGUAAUGCGCUGCGGUGUAUGUUGGUGUCAUAUAAACGCUAAUGAUGAUAAUUUAAACAUUAUACAGCCAGUGGCAUAUAACGAUUUUUAUGCUCUGAAACUAGCAUUGGCUGAAUUGGAUAAAUUAAUUUACAUUGUUCAAUGUAAGGCUCUACACAAGUUCAUCCUUUACACUUCCUGAACAUACACUUUAAUUACUAAUGUUUGUAUUUUUAUUUCACAGCAAAAGAAGCAAACGAGGGGAAAAGAGUGGAAAGGGUUUGCGGCAUUUCUCCAUGAAGGUCUGUGAGAAAGUUCAGAAUAAAGGAACCACAUCCUAUAACGAGGUGGCUGAUGAACUGGUGGCCGAGUUCACCGGUUCUGCGGGUCACCUGGCUACCGACUCUGUGAGUGAAAAUCCCAUUGUAUUCCUUGUGUAUAAUGUAUAUGCUCUAUUCCGAUAUACGACCUGGAGAGCCAGAGAGAUUAUGCUGCUAAAUCCAAGUGAUUCUUUAAUUACAGUUGCAACUCUAACAUUUAAAAGGACUGUAAUUUUUCUAUAGAUUACAUAGAAAAUAGAUUAAAAAUGUUAAAUUAAGAAGAAACCUUCUUGUUGUUUUCGUCAAGUCCACAGCAGCAAAGAUCCCAUCACCUCCCUGCCUCUCUUAAAUGGCCUACUAGAGGAUUUAUUUAUCUGUAUAUUUACUUUUUUUUUUUUUUUUUAAAGAAUUGUUAACGGGUUACAUCAAGCACUAUGUCCACGUCAGUGAUUUGAAGUGGUCAUGGUGCCUGGAGUCUGUAUGUGCAGCAUUUCGCUAUGGAAUGCUGCACAUACAGAGAUUAACACCUCAGCUGCCGGUGUAACUUCACCUCUGGUAGCAUCAUUAGCCAGCCUGGAACUUGCGUACAGGGCUAGCUAUUAUCAAACCUGUGUAAAACUGGUGCCAGACAGCCAAUGAGAUUCUUCGUGAAGGUGCAAUCUUCGUUGUUUACAUUUGUUCUUGUCUGUAUUGCCAUACAUUUAUUUUGCUUGAAUUUAUACUAAUUUGGUUUAUCUCGGUUUUUCAGGCAUAUGAUCAGAAAAAUAUUAGACGAAGAGUUUAUGAUGCUUUGAAUGUACUUAUGGCUAUGAAUAUUAUCUCUAAAGAGAAGAAAGAAAUUAAGUGGAUCGGUUUACCCUCCAACUCUGUCCAGGAAUGUGAGAACUUAGAAGUAAGUUAAUAUUUUGGUUUUUAAAAUGACAAUUUGUAUAUUUUAUUAGUUUGACACGGCUCGAUUUUGGUGAGAACACAUUUCAGAAUGCUUGCUUUCAUUCACAAUAUCAGUAGAGUGAAUUGUUGGUGUUUUGUAUCCACUUGUGAGGAAUUAUUGUUCUUGUUUAGGCUGCUGUGGUGAAAGGUACGUUGAGACCCUAAGAGCAAAAUGUAUUUUGUUUUUGGUGUCUUGCAAAAUGCAGCAGGUCUAAGUCAGUCUGCAUAGGGGAAACGGUAGCCUAGAACUCUCUGCACUUUAACCGUCACAAUGAUGAAACAUUAUGGUACUUAGAGCGAUCCUUUUAUGCUGGCUGACGGAUAAGGCUUCAGAUGUCACUGACUGCAUCUUUAUGCUCUUCAUACAAUCAGCAGCAGCUCUCUGUCAAAGUGGACGGUCCUGUAGAGAAGCUAUCUUACUGUUACAGCAGGGAGUAUCAUUAAUUUUAUGUUACGAGAUAAGUACAGGGAACCAUGUUAAGGGCCCUCUCUUCAGAUUCUAUAUUUAAGGAUUUACUCGUUAUAGCGGAACGAUAAAGGUUCCCUGAUUAUGAUAAAAUGGCAAUCAUAUCAAAGUACAGGACAUUUUUAAUCCUUAAAAUAAAUAUUACUUUUUAAAAAAAAUUCUUUAGCUUUGUCUGUUGAAUAUGUAUAGGUAGCAAAAAUGAUCUUUUUAAAAGAGCGAUCUGUGAUAAAUAUAUAUCUUGCUUUGGAGUACCUGCAUUAUCAAUGCAUUCCUAUGGACGCUGGCGUGCUCUCACUGUGAAAAUCACAGUGAGAAGCACGCAAGCGCCUCUAGCGGCUGUCAUUGAGACAGCCACUAGAGGAUUAGGGGGAAGGCUUAACCCAUUCAUAAACAUAGCAGUUUCUCUGAAACUGCUAUGUUUAUAAAACAAUGGGUUAACCCUAGCUGGACCUGGCACCCAGACCACUUCAUUAAGCUGAAGUGGUCUGGGUGCCUAGAGUGGUCCUUUUAAUGGAAAUACUUCCUUCCACUGUAGAAGUUUGUUCCCCAUAUAUCAGGAAGCUUGUAGAAACCUAUCCUUUAGCUUUUUCUUUUAGAGUUUUAAGAGCCAUUGGGUGCAAAGUGUAGCAGUGAGCAGACCACUCUAGCAGUUAUAUUAAGCUAUUCAUUUCUACAGAAAAGGUUCUUGAUAUAUUUUGUAUUCCUCCCAGUAUAGCCUCUCGAAUGAAAAUAAAUAAUAUAUAAAUAAAUAAUGAAAAAAAGCCUUGCACUCGUACUUUAUUUGACCCGGUGCUUGAUUGCACUAAAUGUAUGAAAUAAAAAAAAAAUCAGCACUCCCAGGAAACUUUCUUAGGAACUUUUUACUAAGCCUGAUGGUUGUCCUGAUGAAAGUUCCUGAAUGGAACUGAAACGUUAAAUUUUACACUUUUUAGUAAAAGAAGUUCCUAAGAAAGUUACCCGGGAGUGCUGAUAUAUAUAUAUAUGUGUGUGUAAUUGUUUGAUGAUGAAAAUGUGGUUUGUUUUGCUACAGAAGGAGAAACAGAAGAGAAUAGAACGCAUUAAACAAAAGAGUGCUCAGUUACAGGAGCUUCUCCUGCAGGUAAAAUCCCUCUGUUUUGCUUUUUAGGGUUGUUUAUGGGGGAAGGUGAAAAUGUAACAUUGGGGUACAUAACAAAAAGUGGUUGCGUGAAAUAAAAUUGUAGUCUAUAAGUCUGUCAGAUAAAAGCAUACACCACCUUGCUACAUUAUAUAGUUAGAGUAUACUUUUUCAAUGUUCUAUAAUGUAACUCCUGGUCAUAAAAUCAUUGCAUCAAGAAGGAAGUCUGAUUGUGACAUAUACAUAAUGUCAGUGCCAAACCACUAAAGACCGUAUUCUUGUUCUACUCUUUGAAUCAACAAUAUUGGUAUGGGGGCUAGCCUGGUCCUGGCUACCAUGCCGAGCAAAUUUUUGGCACAUUUUCAAUUUAAAUUAUUUGAUCCCUGGCUGGGGUCAACAACUUGAAGAUAAACUGGGGCAUAUAAUCAGCUUGUUUGAAUUGGGGAAACUACACAGAUGUCAGGUUUCCACGUGCCCCUUUAUUCAAAAGUUAGUCAGAAUAAAAAAAUCUGCCAUACCUGACAUUUCAUCCACCACACAGGGACGUAAUUAUAUUUACUGUCACUGAUCGUAUUUCUGAAGAUCCCAUUUUCCCCUGCUUUUUGGACCACUGGUCCAGGUUAUUCUGGUCCCCUUGCAGAUACUUCUUCUUUUCUGGGACUCUGGGUGCUGAAUCUAGUUAGUUAGAUACUGAUGUUGCAGUAAAAUAUUAUGAUCGUUGCGAAGUCUCCCCUCACCGCUUACCCAGGCCCAAGAUCCAUAAGUUGAUAGAUUCCCUCUGUGCAUAGUCCACACACGGACGUUCCUGGAUGAUGUUGAUGCUCAGUGAUUAGGAACUUUGUGGAAUUUUCCCCCGGAAUUCGUUUUGGGCUCCAAGAGUAGCUGGAUCAGUGGAUUUCGGGUGCUGGCUCAUGUACAAAGUUGGCAUUGGAGUUGUGGAUAUCUACAACUACCCCAAAGCAUUAUGGCUAUGUGGGGCCAGAUAAGUCUUUAAGGCAAUACACCUGAAAUGAAACAAUUCUCCUAGUCUGGCCAUUGGUAUAUACGGUGUGAUUUAAUCUCCCCUGUGAUCAGUUUCUUCUAUUUGUUCUCAUCACAUGAAUGCACUGUUUUUUGUUAAGCUCCAUCUUCCCUUUUAAGUCCUUUAUUAAAAUUAUUUGGAUUUGUAUGUUCUCUAUUUUUUAACAAAUGUCUUGUAUUUGACAAAUAUAUUUUAACUGUGCUGAAACCAUAUCCUAAAAAACGUGAAAUGUACAUCAAAUACACUAAGGAGCAUUAUCCAACUUCUCCCAAUGACGUCUUAAAUGUAUGAUGCAUUAGGUUUCAUAUUCUGCUACAAAUACUUAGAUCACCUAAAACAUUUAUAAAGUCAUUACAUCUGUGAUUGUGGCAGAUGCUUUAAUUCUUCACUAGAGAGACCCAAAACCUACAAGUGUACAGGUUACCAUCUAAAAAAGGAAGCUUUUUAUUUAUUUAUUUAUUUUUAAAAAUAUUAUACAUGCCUUGCACUAAUAGUCACCUGAAUUUGCAUCCUAUGGGAUUAGUUUGUGAAGUAUUUCUGCUCUUUGAGGGUCUGAUUAGUGAGACUCUAGUGCCUACUUACACGAGCAUACAACAAGCAUACAUGAACAAUCACAUGCUUUGGAGAAGGGGCUGCCAUAUUUUUAUUUUAUUUUUUUUCAUUUUGCUUUUUCACAAUGUUCUGAGGUUUUUCCUUUCGGUUUGAACAUGCAGUGAAGAUCUUUUUCUAAUGUAUUUUUAUCUUUACAGUUUGUUGCUUUUUUUUUUUUUUAAUGAAAAGUAGAUAUUAUCACUAAAUUACAUAUUUUAGCACUGCGUCUCCAGUGUCAGUGGCCUGCCCCCCUUAUAGUACAAUUGUAGAUUAUGUGAGCAAGCAGUCACAGAGGGUCAGGGCUCUAAACAAUAACUCCUAGAGUUUUAACGGGAGCAAGACACAGGACAAUGAAGGGCUUUGUUAUUUCCCAUCAGAUAUGACAGAAAAAAAUAUAUCGCACAGGCUCACAUGGCCCAUUCCUUGAUUAACUAUUCCUUUUAGAUCAGCAGAUCCCUGUGGGUCAGGGUUAAAUGGACUAUAAACCGCAAUCCCCAACCUGUAUAUCAUCUACGUCGUUCCAACUGUAGUAGAUUUUCUGUAGUUGCUAAUUGCCAUUAAAAUUUGUUUUUAAAAAAUAAGUUUGCAGAAAAUUCCCAGAUUUUAAUGUCUUUGAGUCUUUAUCCUAAAAAGUAAUUUUCCUGAUAUUUUGUACCAAUCUGUGUGUACACACACACAAAAAUAAUUAGAUUCCUUGCACUCACGCUGAAUGUUCAUAGUAAAAUGUUAAAUUUACUUGCCGGGUGCCAGUCCAAUGGGGAUGUUGAUAUUCACCUAAAUAGGAGAAGCAUGGGCUGCACUCACGGUCUUCUCAUGCAAAAAUUCUUUUAUUUAAUCUAAUAACAAAAAUCAACGUUUUGGUCCACACAGGGACCUUCCUCAGGACAAAGUGAGAGAGAGAGAGAGAUAGAUAUAUACACACACACAGGUUGCAAUGCACCAUACACUUGUAGGUGGCUGUAACAUUCUAUUUUUUUUCUUUUCUUACUAGCAAAUUGCCUUCAAACACCUUGUUCAGAGGAACAGACAGCUGGAGCAGCAGAGUCACAGUCCACCUGCGGCAAACUCUACUAUCAAACUUCCGUUUAUUAUUGUUAACACUAGCAAGAGAACUGUUAUAGACUGCAGUAUAUCCAGUGACAAGUGAGUAGAUCAGACACACCGUGUGCAGAGUUAUACAUUUGUUUAUAGCUGUCUUUGCGAAUAGAUCUAUAACCAGUCUGGUUUGUGCUGAUUAAAAAUACAGCAGAUUCUAUGGGAAUUAAGCGGGUCUCCCAAUGACUGCAUACACUAAAUCAAUAUAAAGAUUCCAUAUCUCUCGGUCGCACUCUGUGACGUCCCUACAGUAACCAUACGCCAUGCAUGUUGAAGAGCAUUUUUACUAGCUGUGAUCUAAACAGGUUAACUGAAAGAGUGCAGAUAGUGCUGUUGAUGUUUCAGUUACUUUAAAUGGUCCUAAUAUCAAGGCUGAUUUUAAUGGAUACAGGUGUAUAUUUUAUUAUCACGAACCUACUUUGUGCCAUCUGAGACUGUCUCUAUUGUUUCCAGGUUCGAAUACUUAUUUAAUUUUGAUAAUACUUUUGAAAUCCAUGAUGACAUUGAGGUCCUGAAAAGAAUGGGCAUGUCAUUUGGACUGGAGUCUGGUGUAUGCUCAUCAGAGAACCUGAAACUUGCCAAGUCCUAUGUACCCAGAGCUUUGGAAGGAUAUGUGACAGGUAAGUGACAAUUCACCUAUUCUGCAUAGCAGGCAUGGAAUAUGAUGUAAUGUCAGUGUGGAACAUUAGCCAGUCAGGUCCCUCCGUGCGUGCCAGCAGGUUCAGUGUUCAGGUUGUACUGUAAUCGCAGAGCACGAUGAUAUAAAUUAAUUCAGAAUUCACGUAUAAAUCAUUGAUAGACCACAAAGUUUGUUGCUGGUGAGAAAGAAGCAGACGUAUAAUAACCUGUAGACAGUUAGCAAUCUGGAUGUAAUGUCCCCGUUUAUCACAUCAAAAUAAGUUCACACACAAAUACUCAUAACUUUACUGCAACUUUAUAAAACAUCCUGUCUUUAUUACAUACUGUACUCGUUUUUUUAUCAAGAAAUCUAUUCAUCUUUUCAGAACUGUUCUCUGCUUUCUGAUGUUCCAAAGCUCAGGAAGAAACUAGGGGCAAAUUUCAGUAGAUUUUUUUCGAAUAGCCUACACAUGCAGGCUAUUGUGCCAAAAAUUGAAGCUAGCCUGAAGGACUUGCAAGCUCUGUUAUGGGGGAUGGGGUUGAUGAAUAGACGUCCCAUGGGUCAUUUCGAAUGAUAGAGCUGUAAACCUUUCAGAACUCAGAUCCCCGAAACACACGCAUUGUUACACUGUAUACAUCAUGUCUAAAGUUCCAGUCAUUCACCAAACUGAUCAUUCAUCAAUUCAUUACAAUUUGAUUCAUUAUGUAACAUUAUCAUUUUAUGGCUUUUUUGGGGGGGCUGUGUAUAUUCACGAUUGUAAAAAUGUCCCUAUCCUGUAGACAUCUGAAGUUGAAAUGUCUGGCAUUGAAUGGGGCAGAGUUUGGGAAUUGUGAAUAUAAAAUCCCUGGGAGGUGGGGGAGAAUGCUGCAGUUUAGGACAUUGUCUAUGCAGGAGAACUGAGCUGGCUGUAAACUUGCUGUGCAUAUUAAGCACAGAACCGGCCAUUCAUUGCCGCCUUGGCGACAUCUCUGAUUCCUGGAAGGGAUUUCCUGUUGCUUAUAAAGUGCACAGGAGGGAAAUCCCAUUCAGCACAGUGUUCUUUUAGCUUGAUUACUCAUUAACCUCAGUCUUUGUCAAAGGGUUAAAUUGUUUAGCAUUGCAGUAAAAAACUCUAACUAAAAUUUAUGUGCGGACGACCCCUGUAAAAUAGUAAUAUUUAUUUAAAAAAAAAAAAACAGAUUGUAUUUUUAAUUGCAUGUGGAAUGAGGUAAAUAGCAGAGUCCCAGCAAUAUAUAUAUAUAUUUUAUUUUUUUUAUCUUUCCUGAUAAAAACAGAGAUACACUCCAUGAAUUUACAAUACCAUCACAUGUUACUGCAUGGGUUGUUUCCCCACUCUAAUCUCCUUUUUAUGAACUAAGACAUAGGGGUAGGGUCUUACAUUUUUAAAAAACUAGAACCAGGUCAUGAGUGUCGUUUGAGGUUGCAGAAUUGGAAGAGGAGGAAUAUUAUAACGGCAUAAAAAAAGCAUCAUCCACAAGUAAAAUGACCUACCAGUUCCACUUUAUGAGCAGCAAAAUGCCUUCUAGAAUCCUCUGGGCACUAUUACAACUUUAUUGUAUUUGAUUUGGUUUUGGUCUCCUAUAUUAUACUGUUAUUGCAUGCUCCAAUCUGUAUAGUUUUUGCAUAAUGCUGCACCAUAAGCCUGCCUCCCUAGCCACGCCCCCUCGUAUUAGUAAAAUACUUCCUUAUUAAAUGUAUGCACACAUUCUCAGCCACUGACCGUACCGAGUGAGCUGUUUUUAAUUCACAACCUGGCUGUAGACAGUCAUAAAACCUACAAACAGGUGGUACCCUGACUAUAAAUCCCACUAUAUGUUUUCUCCUGCUAAUGCAGGUUGCUUUGUAGUUCAGAUCACUGUUUUUGCAUUUACAUAACACAUAAACACUAACUAUCAGUUGUGCCCAACUUGGAAUGCACAGAGAGUGCUGGGAGGGGUUACACCGUUCUCAGCCAAUCGGUGUCAUCCAGGUUGUUUGACAUUGAUAAUGUGCUAGUGUGAAUUCUGCAUUAUCAGUGUAAUAGAGAGUGGUCCCACUGUACCUGGCAUUCCUUGAUAUUAUGACAAAUCAAUUCUAUAAAGUUUAUUAUUCAAUGGGGUUAUCGGUAGCUGUAGUGGUUAUGUUGUUUUAAGAGCGAGCUGUAGUGGGCAUAUGCUUACAGUGCCCCUUUAAUUUUUUUGUGGAUAGUUAAUAUUCCUUUAUAAAAACUGGUGUUUUUUUUUUUUCUUUUUUCUUUUUUUUAAUGUGUGGUUGUUUGUUGCUGCCCCAUUCUUUGUUGUGGCCUCUGGGAGUUGAUUGUGUGUGCAGAAAUAGGGAGGCUUCAAGGUCACCAGUACCUUCUCACAGCAAGCGGCACUGGGAUCUCAAAAACACUUGGCAAGUCUCCGGACUUGGUGGGAGAUUGCGAAGUAACAGAUAAAAGCAGUUCUCACACACCAUCAUUUCACAGGAUUUUUGAGUAUACCCGAUUAACAAUAUUUCCUAUUGUGGGUCUGGAAAGACCCGCUGAAGUUUAAGCUCUUGAACAUUGCCAUAAUCGGCUCCACCAAAUAAAGUAAAUUCUCACAAAGAACAAUUUGCCACCUGCUUUCGUUAUAUAUAUAAAAUACGAGGGGUAAUAGUUGUCUCGAAUUUGGGGGGCAUUUAUGUAAAGCAGUCCCAGGCAACAGCAGCUCUGAAGUUGAUGUUGGACUUUAACUCAAGUCACACUCAGCUUUUGUACAUGAUGUAUGACAAUAUUUAAGAACACCUUAAAAUAGUCUCUUCGGUUAUUACUGGAAAAGGUAAAUCAAUUGAAGGGAAAGCUGUUUAAGACUAUCUAAAGAAAUAUGUUCAGAAUCUGUGGGCAGACAAAGUACAGGAUUAGAGAGAGGCUACAUAAGGGCAGGAUGGGGCAAAUUAGGAGAGGCAUUACAUUCUAAUGUUUUAGAAGCAGUAGGCAGUGGAAAAGCCCUGUCUAAUUUAUGGUGUAUAACUUUAAAGGGACUAAGACAUAGGGGUAGGGUCUUACAUUUUUAAAAAACUAGAACCAGGUCAUGAGUGUCGUUUGAGGUUGCAGAAUUGGAAGAGGAGGAAUAUUAUAACGGCAUAAAAAAAGCAUCAUCCACAAGUAAAAUGACCUACCAGUUCCACUUUAUGAGCAGCAAAAUGCCUUCUAGAAUCCUCUGGGCACUAUUACAACUUUAUUGUAUUUGAUUUGGUUUUGGUCUCCUAUAUUAUACUGUUAUUGCAUGCUCCAAUCUGUAUAGUUUUUGCAUAAUGCUGCACCAUAAGCCUGCCUCCCUAGCCACGCCCCCUCGUAUUAGUAAAAUACUUCCUUAUUAAAUGUAUGCACACAUUCUCAGCCACUGACCGUACCGAGUGAGCUGUUUUUAAUUCACAACCUGGCUGUAGACAGUCAUAAAACCUACAAACAGGUGGUACCCUGACUAUAAAUCCCACUAUAUGUUUUCUCCUGCUAAUGCAGGUUGCUUUGUAGUUCAGAUCACUGUUUUUGCAUUUACAUAACACAUAAACACUAACUAUCAGUUGUGCCCAACUUGGAAUGCACAGAGAGUGCUGGGAGGGGUUACACCGUUCUCAGCCAAUCGGUGUCAUCCAGGUUGUUUGACAUUGAUAAUGUGCUAGUGUGAAUUCUGCAUUAUCAGUGUAAUAGAGAGUGGUCCCACUGUACCUGGCAUUCCUUGAUAUUAUGACAAAUCAAUUCUAUAAAGUUUAUUAUUCAAUGGGGUUAUCGGUAGCUGUAGUGGUUAUGUUGUUUUAAGAGCGAGCUGUAGUGGGCAUAUGCUUACAGUGCCCCUUUAAUUUUUUUGUGGAUAGUUAAUAUUCCUUUAUAAAAACUGGUGUUUUUUUUUUUUCUUUUUUCUUUUUUUUAAUGUGUGGUUGUUUGUUGCUGCCCCAUUCUUUGUUGUGGCCUCUGGGAGUUGAUUGUGUGUGCAGAAAUAGGGAGGCUUCAAGGUCACCAGUACCUUCUCACAGCAAGCGGCACUGGGAUCUCAAAAACACUUGGCAAGUCUCCGGACUUGGUGGGAGAUUGCGAAGUAACAGAUAAAAGCAGUUCUCACACACCAUCAUUUCACAGGAUUUUUGAGUAUACCCGAUUAACAAUAUUUCCUAUUGUGGGUCUGGAAAGACCCGCUGAAGUUUAAGCUCUUGAACAUUGCCAUAAUCGGCUCCACCAAAUAAAGUAAAUUCUCACAAAGAACAAUUUGCCACCUGCUUUCGUUAUAUAUAUAAAAUACGAGGGGUAAUAGUUGUCUCGAAUUUGGGGGGCAUUUAUGUAAAGCAGUCCCAGGCAACAGCAGCUCUGAAGUUGAUGUUGGACUUUAACUCAAGUCACACUCAGCUUUUGUACAUGAUGUAUGACAAUAUUUAAGAACACCUUAAAAUAGUCUCUUCGGUUAUUACUGGAAAAGGUAAAUCAAUUGAAGGGAAAGCUGUUUAAGACUAUCUAAAGAAAUAUGUUCAGAAUCUGUGGGCAGACAAAGUACAGGAUUAGAGAGAGGCUACAUAAGGGCAGGAUGGGGCAAAUUAGGAGAGGCAUUACAUUCUAAUGUUUUAGAAGCAGUAGGCAGUGGAAAAGCCCUGUCUAAUUUAUGGUGUAUAACUUUAAAGGGACAGGCACAGGAAAGUCAUCUGCACUGUCCCUCUCCCACUGUAACAACAAAGGUGGAAAAUAGGUCUCCUGUACCAUAAAACAGUUUGUGUGAAGUGGGCAGUACAAGAAAAACUUGUACACUUUCUCUGAAAGAGCUUGUAGAGCAGCCAUGAAAAAAAAAAAUAAUAAAUGAAACAACCGACUGACUAUUUACAUAUCUCAUGUGGAAUAAAUAUGUAGUUUAUCGGAGAUAAAAAAUAAAAAUAAAAGCUAACAUUUUUAUUGAAAACAAUGGAAAAACCUAGCCAAACCGUGUAUUUGCAACAAGCAGUGAGUAUUCAUGUGAGUGUCUAAUUUUUAGAUUUUAUCAUUAUCGCCAUAGUUUAAGAAGUAGGGGUCAUUUCUAGCCUUUAAGUGUCUAAGGCAUCUCGUGUUAAUUUUUAUUGUAAGUGUAUGUUUAUACAUUUAUUUUUAUUUUUUAUCUAUCAGACAUGGCAACGGGGUCUUCAUGGACAGAUCAAGGUCUUAAUUUCAGUACAUCCCAAACGGUCUCUGCCGUGAAUGCAGCCUCCACUACAACUUACACUCAGUCCAGGUACAACCACAUUUGUCAUCAGGUGGAUCAGAACCAAGAGGGAGCCGUUACCAUGGAAUUAGGAAUGAUUACAUUGAGAAAUUAUAUCAUGAGCUCUUUUUACACUAUAUUUUUUUUUUUUUUUUUGCCCAACUAGACUCUUAGCAGCCACUUAGAUAAUGUUUAAAUGUAACGUCCAGAUUAUCUGAACCUUGGACAGAAAUGAGAGACUCAACACUCAUAGCCUGCAGUUUGUGUCCAAGUUAGGAUAUCUUUCACAAUAUAUUGGUAGCAGCAGAGGGUUUAGAUUGAGUGAGUGCUAUUAAGGCCCCAGUUUGUCACACGGUUCAAACAAUCUGACUUAAUGCAUAGAAACUGGAACGUCACUCAAGGACUGGUUGUUCCUUGUCACUAAAAUAAGAUCUAGUUGUUAUGAUUCUUAGAGUAUCCCUUUAACCAGGGUCUAAACUGAAACACACACACAUUGUAAGUAAUGGAAUGAGACAUAACUGAGGAUUCUGAUAAAAAUUCAUACAAUUACUAAAAAUGAAAUAUCAAAACUCCAAUGUCCUACGGAAACCAAACGUGUUUUUUUUUUUUUUGUUUUUUUUGGUAAACAUAAAUGACUGCAUAUUUGGAAUAGGUCUCUCUUCAGGGCAUGUACUUUUUACUUGAUUUACAGUUGUAAAGUAUGUAUGUCACUGAGAACAAGUUGAAAUUUCUAUUUUAAUUCAUGCUCUAGUCUAGAGCUAGAGGUACAGUAUAUUAUCACACAUAAAACAUAUCAACACUUAUUUUUAUAUCAACAAUGUUUGCUGCUAGGGUUAGUGCAUUAUGUUCUCUGACUUCUGUAAUCAGUAUGUAGUUUGUGCGAGAUGUAACAAAAGCUUUGAAUUAAAGGAACUCUCUGAGCACCGUCAACCCUACUGCCUUCUGUAGUAGUUGCGGUGCCAGGUGUUCCCUGGGAUCCUCCCAUAUUAGAACUAUUGGACCCUGCCCAUCAGAAUGUUUGCAGCCGCAGCCCUGCGUCUGGAUUUUCCUGCAUGCAAAUUAAGCUAAGUAGGGCCAAUCUCAUGGGCUGAGAGCAUCAGCUGAUUGCUCUUCGUCAAAGAGCGGCAACCUUUAUUGGACCUAUUUAGCUUGGAUUAGACCUUUGACAAGAGAAGUUGGAUGAGGGAAUAAGAUAAGAAGUCAACUGGUUUGAAAUGGUUUGACUCCUUGCACAAUAGUUUAUUUUUUUCAGUGGUUAUGGUGCUUGGAAUGUUUCUUUAAAACAUUUUGUGAUGUAAAUUUCGCUUAGCACAUUGUAUGCUUCAUGUAUACUUUUUGCUGUGCAUAAAACAAAUCUAACACAUCUGCUAGUUAACAUUUUAGGUUUAUUUAUUAAUUUUGGUCCAUGUUUUCUCACCUCAUGUGUCCUUUUUUUUAAAUGUAUUUUUUCCUUUUUCUCUCUCAAUCUUACUUUAAUUCACACAGUGAAAACCCGGGAUUGUAUUUUGACUCCGAAAUCUCUUUGACUACUGGCAGUCACCAUUCCAGUUCAGGAACAUCGCACUACACAGAAUCUCGAGGAGAGACACCGUGCUCGUUUGAUGAUGAUGAGGAAGAUGAAGAUGAUUCGUCCUCCCUGGAAUAAAAACAUCCUACAUGAAGAGUGUGUGUGCAUGAGUGUAUAUGAUGAGUGUGUGCGUGGAGUGCAGUCUAUUGACCUGAAGACUUCACUGGAAAGAGUGGCGAUUAUGGUGGGUCUUGUGGCAUCUAUUUCUUGGUAAAGUAUAAAAUUACAAGAGAAGCCAAACUCAGCCCUACAUGUUGGCAUUGUGCCACGUGGCUGUUACCGGAUGACCACAAUUAUGUUUUAGCUUUGUUUUUUGAAGACUUAAUUGCCCCUCCCAGUGUGAAAAAAAAAAAUGCUGCUUUAACUCUGUCGCUGCUGGAUUUUUGUAUGCUCACUGCCUUUGCCAGCUUACAAACUUUUCACAGACUAGAAACAGCUCAGUGAAUUCAGAGCAUACGGGAAAAUCUUAUUUAGGGAUGAAGCCUGCUACCAUUUAUUAUGGACUCUGCUACUUGCAGGCUUCAGCACUGAGUACAGAUACUGCUUUUUAAAUGCCAGGGUAGUAUUGUCCAUCACUCUGGCCCUGCUAGGUUUAAAUUAAGAGGCUUUCGUUUCUAUGAAAAUGUUUUUGUUUUUUUCCGUAAAUAGAAAUUUGCUGAAAGGCUAGUGAUUAACCUUUUGCAUGCCGGAGCGGUGCACAAAACACUGCGAAGGAAGCCAUUGGCGCAGUAGGUUCUCUCUCAGAAGGAACCUUUCAAACCGAAGCUGGAAGAAAAAAAAAUUAUUUUUUUCUUUGUUUAGAAAUGUUUAAGCCAGUCUGCAAUAAAACAUGUUCUUAUAAAGACUGAGAUGGAUAUAUAUAAAUAUAUUAUUUUUUUUUAUAUAUAUAUAUUUUUUUUGUACACCUCAAUUUUAUGUUCUGCGUUUUCUUCUUCUUCUAAGUACCAAGAUAUCCCAGAAUCAAAUAGUAUAAGAAAUGCUCAGAUUAUUUUUUUUUCCUGUUUUUCUGUUAGAUGUAAACCCAAACAGAAUAUCUCAAAAAUGGUGGAAGGUUCACGUAUUCCACUUUUUUGCAUGCUAACAAUAAAAAUUAUUUUAUUUAACUUUUUUGUUUGCCGAACAAACAAUCCUUUCCUAUAUCUUGCGAAAUUUGGUUUUUGUUUUAAUUAAAUCACUUAUUCACAGAUUCUUAGUAAACCGUGAAAUUAGCCAAAAUGAAGCAAUCAGACUCUUUAAUCAUUUUAGCGAACACAAAAUAAAAAAUAGAAAAGCCCUAAGUUGUAUUUACAGAUCCCAGUACACUUAAACUCUUGGGUAUUCUCCUGCACUCACUCGUAUUGACAAAUCAAUCCCUGCGGAGUUCAUACAGGGUAAAAUCCCAUCAUAAUCGGAAUGUUGCUGAACUCUGCAUGGAGUUGUUAAAAUCUUGGUCAACUCAUGUUCUGGCCAUGUUCGGACAAACUCAGCAGCCCAAAUCAAAAUUUUCUUUGACAUUGGAAAGGUUGUGUCUGUUGAGGGAUCGUAUUGAUUACAAAGUAUCACAUGGCCAAUGGAAUGAAGCCAAAUCGCAGAACAGACUUUGAUAGUCUACUCGUAUCAAUGGAAUUGCAUCGAAGGGACUAUCUGAAAGUCCAUCACUGCCUUAGAUUUGUACUUGGUAGUCUGUUUAUUGUACAAGUACCAUUGUGCGCAACCUGCCUAAUCAAAACUUUGUUGGCUACGUUAGGUAUGUGCUAUUGAAAUGUGGUGAGGAGUUGUUCAAAAUAUUUACUGUUUGUAAAAAAAAAAAAAGGAAAAAAAAUCUAUACAGGUUUUCUCUGUUCAAUAAAAUCUUAUUUUUUUUUUCCUUGACCUGA